AAAAGAAGCAGAGUCCUCUCUCACUGUGCUUUCGGAAAUUGCACUCCUGUGUGGGAAGAGAGUUAAAGGAAUAACAGCAACAUUUUGCUGCUUGCCAGCACUCCAAGGGAAACAAUGCUGUCUGUCAAAACCUCGAUCUCUUUCAGCCAACAGCUUGGGAAGUACAGUUAAAACAGAAGCAGCACCAAAUGAUGGCGAGCAGGUAAUUAUGACUGGUUUUUGUCAAGGGUUUGCUUGACAGCCUAUCUUUAGAAAUGACAAAUUCGGUCGGGGAGAGAAAUGACAUAUGGUAUAGACAUGAUAUUGAUUGGUUCUGAUUCCUGGUUAUGCGUGUACACAUCUGGAGGCAAUAAAUCAUUAAGGAAGGUGAAUGGGAUUUACAGAGGAAGGUGGAUUUGAAACUGCCAGUGGGAGAUUGAGAAAGGCAUUCUGUUUUCUUCUUACACAGUUUAGAGUUCAGUGACGUGGUACUUCAGGACGCAAAAUGUGUAACUGACCAUUUGAACCCAGUUUGUUGCAUUUUUUUUAAUGUGAAAAAAUGUUAGCAGUGCAAGGAAGUUGUGUUCUUGUUUGAAACCUCAGGAAAAUAGAGGUGAAAACCAUAAAGAAUGGAUUGAAAUUCUGUGGGGCUUUUUUUUUAUUUGUAUUGGAGCUAUAGCUGACUUGCUUUUAUAGAAUUUGAAUAAAAGUAAAAAAAAAAAAAUUGCAGCGUUGUCUGUGCUAGCCUUAUAUAGUAAGAUUAUAUCUUGUCUAGAGUAAGAGUCCUUUAUUAAUUUAGAAUGAGCUAGGCUAAAAUUCGGAACCACUUUGGCCCUAUACCUGGAUUAAUUCAUUCCAGAGAUGUUUUACUGACUGCGGUAGGAUCACUUAAGAGUCAGUACAGGGCUGCAGCCAUCAGAUUUGCCACAUUUCCCUCAAUAUGCACCAGUUGGAAGCUAAAUGGAAGCUUUAUUAUUCAUUCGCAAAGCAUUUGUAACAAUUGCAAGGGCAGCAGUUACCUUUUCCAUUACAGCUGUGUGAUGCAGGGAUCCAUUAAUGGGAUUCUCUCCUGCUGCUGCCAAGGAAAUAAGCAGAGCUGUGUAGAAACAGCCACUCCGUCUCGACUAAAAACUUCAGGGAAUAAAGGCUAGCAAUUCGAGAUUGUGUAAACUUUUGCACAAUUUUGGAACGAAAGAAAUAUCCACAUCGGCUGAGAGCCUACAUAUAGGAGCAGGGCUGGCCCAAGACAUUUUGGCACCUGAGGUGGGCUCCAAAAUGGCACCCCACCCUCGUCGCAAAGGAAGAAGGAGUGAGGGGAGAUCUACAUCAGGAACAAGGGGGAGGGAGGAGAAAGAUUGGCAUUGGGAUCUGCUACCCCUGUGAAUCCUGCCUCCAGAGGCUAUUACCUUGCCUCUUGAAUCAGCUGGCACUGAAUAAAGAUCUACAUUGGGAUCUGCUGCCCCAGUAGACCCUGCUGCCUGAGGCAGUUGCCUUACCUUGCCUCAUGGGUGGGCCGGUCCUAUACAGGAGUCUCAUAUCUGCUUUGAGAAAAGCAGGUUAUAGCAGAAUAACAGUGCCUUCUACCAGCUUUGGCUAGUAGCCCAAGUGCAACCCUAUCUAGAUGAGGAUAACAUGCCUUCAGUGAUCUAUGCCCUGGUAACCUCACCACUGGAUUACUGCAACGUUUUAGUGGACCUGCAACUGCAGCUGGUGCAGAAUUCAGCAGCCAGAUUAUUGAAAGGAACCACACAGUCCAAAUGCAUAAAUCCAGUACUGCGCUGGCUGCUAAUUUGUUUCUGGGCCCAAUUCAAGGGGCUGGUGUCAACCUAUAAAACCUUAUGUGGCUCAGGUUCUUUGUGCCUUGUGGAAAACUUUUCUGCAUAUGAGCCUGCCUGGAUCCUGUGGUCAGCAUUGCAGGUGCUUCUCUGUAUGCUUCCAGCCAGCGAGGGUUCAGAGGGCAGUGAGAAGAUUGUGGGUCUUGUUAGGAGUGGCCCCCUGUCUUUGGAAUGCUCUCCCCAGGUAUUCCUGGUGCCAACACUGACAAAUUUUCAGUGUCAAGCAAAUCUAUUUCUUGCUCCCUAGGUAUGUAUUUUGUUUGCAACAGCUAGUGGUAUUCUCUUCUUUGGGGGCUUUUUCUGGGAGUUAGAUCUGAGUUGUGUGUGGAAGGAUUGUUUUUCUGAUUUGAUUAGCUUGUGUUGCAUGCUGAUUUUAAAUAUGUUGUAUAUUUUACUAAUAUUUGUGCGUUUGAGACAUUUGUGUAAAAUGGCUAAACUCAGUAAUGAAAAUGAGAGAUUUGCUGUUCAGUCCUUUGCAUAUUUACUCAGAAGUAAAUUCCAUUAUGUCCAAUAGGCCUUAUUCCCUGGUUGGCAUACAUAGGCUAUCUGACUUAAUCUGUGACUGGGUUGUGUGAUCAUUGCAAGGAAACUUUAAACAGAUAUGCAAUAAUCACUUUUUCAAAAAAGAAGUUAAAAACAUUUCAAUCAUAUUCAAAAACCACCUAUUUCACUUAAUGUAGUUCUGCUUUCAAGUGGAAAUACCAUACAAAAAUACCAUACAAACCCAUUCGAAAGAUUUUUGGGGAAUUAAUGAUUAAAAUUAAUCCUGUUUCACUAAACUGAAGAUGCAUAAACUCAAGGAGAAAUUUUACUGGUAUUAAAAAAAAAUAGUCAAUAAAUUUAUAUCCUGCUUUUUAGAUUUUCUUUUGACAAGGUGGCAAACAGUAAUACAUAAGUUAAACAAUAUAUAACACUAUAUACAACACUGCAAUAAAACACAGAAUAUAAAAACAAAAUACUCAUAAGAGGAAUAAUAGGAAUCAACCAGUCCAAGUCUAUAAUUCUCAAGGUUUUACUGACUUUACUCUGGUUGGAAAAAGUUCUACAACCAAAAUUGUUAAAUUGCAUCAGAUAAGAUAUUGGUCUCAGUUAGAAACUUUGUAUAGGAGGUAUGGGCUUCUAACAAGGAUGUUAUUUCAGUAAUGAUUGAGAGUCUGAGAAAGCUUUAGAGGCCCACUUUUGGAUGUAUUAAAUAUUAAACUGCAAAAGCAGUGUAUUUUUAAGUGCAUUUGUUAUGAAAGGUUAAAAAUACCCACCACAGCUAUAGCAGUAGCAAUGCAUUAUCAUCAAAGGUUAAACAGGUUGAAGCAAAGGCAUUUCUGCCCUGGAAUGCAUACCGAAAAUCAGCUCAUUAACUGGUUGAUAAAAUUAUUUUAAUAUGGGACCUGGGAUAGCAUUAAACUACCCAUUAAUAUAAUGAUUUCUGCUUGUGAAAUAGAAAUUUCCCCCACUCCCCUGGUGUGCCCUAUGCCCCCACGAUCUGCUUGAGGGGGUUGGGAGAACUUGUAGAACAGAUUAAUGGGUAUGCAGAAGGAAGAGGGAGAUGGGACCAAAUUACGCACUGUCAAAAAUGGAGAACAAAAGAAGGCACAGGGAUGCAUAAAGUGAACAUAUGCUAAUUUAUAUGUAAAGAUGCACAUUUAGAAAUAAUUACUAUGAUUUUAAUAGAAAUAGAUAUCACCAUUGUUGGGGAGACUGUAACCAAGGAGACUUGCAUGCCUGCUAAGGAUAGACAAAUCUGUCGAUUUCGGUUUCUACCAAUUCCUUGUUUUUACAUUCUUAAGUUUAAUUCUACCCAUUUCCACAUCAGUCUGUUUGUUUUAAAGUCAGCAUCAAAUUCGUAUGCGUUUUUGCAUACAAUUUUGCCGGAUACACACAUAAUUGCAAGUUAUUUUAUCUAACAUAGUGCAUUUCUGUACAUUAUGUUUUACUAGUAUGAGCAUUUUGGUGUGUGCGCACUUUCUCGUAAUAUAUGCUUCAUUGUACUGAGGGGGAGGGGUGUGAGUUGGAGAACUUUUCAUUGAAAAAUUCAGAGAAGUGCAAAUUUCCCAGGCUUUUAAAGUUCUGAGUUUCAUCUGCAUUCAUCUGCUAUUUUUAAUUGCUGGUUUCUUUAUAAGUUUUUUCUUCUGAUUUUAUCAUUUUGUUUCUGAUUUUGUAUGUAUUUUGUUGUGAGCUGCUCUGGGAACCAUUUGACUGAAGGUCGGUAUAUAAGGUUAUAUACAGUGUAUAGAAGAAGUAAUGGCCAAACUUUGAAUUAAGUGAAAGGUCCAUGAUUGAAUUGAUCUGUGUUUUAUUUUUAUUGAAAAGCAACUGGCAGGGGAAGGCUGCCUCCAAAUUUGAUUGGAGCUGUGGGUUAGGGGAUGGAUGCUGUAUAAUUUCCCAACCUAAAUGAUGAAAUAACCUAAUUUAAGGAGGGUGUGUGUGAUUUUAGACUACAGGGGGAAAAGGUUAAGCACCACAACUCCAAUCAAAUUUGAACCCCAUCCCCCACCCCAUGCACAGCUGCUUUUAAGUAAAAAAACAACAACAUUGGUACCUCCAACAUAAUGAUCAUGGAGCUUGUGUAAGAAGCAUGGAUCUCCUGUGUAAUGUGUAGUUUGGUCUGUAGCUGGCCAGGAAUAUAGGAUGCUUUUGAGGACUACUAACCCUGGUCUGAACCAUGACAAGGAUUAUGGCCCUCUGCUCGCAAGUGGUCCCCUAGCCUUUAACAUGCAUGUUAGAGGGGUUGUGGGACACAACAUAUUCUCGCCAUCUGUAUCUGAAACAACAGCAAAUGUGUUGCAGGUACUCGUGCUCUUUGUAUGUGGCCUCAUCCAGGGCAAAUGCAGUUAUGCCAGUGACAUUGUCAUCUCCUGCUUUAAGAGUAGAAAGUUGAAGAAUACUUCUUGUGCCAGAAUUGGGAACCCAAUGGCUGCUUUUAGAUGAUCAUAUCUCUGUUUAAUAAACCAAGAUAUGAAUGAGCCUUUAUUUGUUUCUCCGUUAAGUUUGAGGUACUAUUGUCAGGUAAUUAAAAUCCAUGUAGUUCUUCUGAGGCCAGCAAAACAGACGUAUUUUGAUCGUAUCUUCAUCUGCAUGUCAGGAAACAAACAAGAAUGUGUCAUUUUGCUUUGUGUCUCCUUUUCCCUUCACUAAAAACCCUACUUGAUUUCAGAUGACAUUGGCAAUGUGUGUGGCAAAGGAAAGCUGCAUAGUUCUGAUUUAAAUUGUUCUGUUGUCAGCACUCCUUGCCCACCUUUCAUCACCAUUUGUGCAGUGAGAUCAGAGAGGGUCAACACAGACUUCUUGGUUUAUGUGGGUAAGUGGCAUGUGAGAAAUUAAGUAACUGCAACUGUGGGUGGGUCUCAUGUCUACAGACAUCCCUGAAAGAUGCCCUUUGGCUUCAGAGGCCUCCAAAAGGCUUUUAAAUAAUAAACACUGUGGAAUGUUAAUGUACUCCUUGUAUACAUGAAAAUGUAAAUAAAUGCUGUUCUGGUAUUUUAUAAAUAACUCCCACAUCUGGGGAAAAGCUGGAUUGCCCAAAGGAGGGUAAACUGGAGUGACCACACAGGGUGAAACUAUACUGCUGUCCACUUUAAUAGUAAAACUUGCAUUGACUUAAGGGAUGAACAGGAUUUUUACACGAGGGCUCAGCUUUAUUACAGAUAAAUUGUCACUUGAUACAAAUGAGCAUUGGUCCAUUUUCUGCAAUGUUUACCCCUUGGAACACAAUCAACCACAAAGUUGCCUUUUACAUGUUCCACUGAGAAAUGAAUGGUGAAUCCUUUGCAUAUCAGGGAGAUUCAUGUGUACACUAGAACUUCUACUGAGGUUUAUGCUGAAAGGUUUGCUGAGUGAGCAUCUCUUUCAAUGGUUCAUAAGAUUCAAUAAAAUGUGGGCUUGGCUCCAACUAUUCAGAUCUAGUUUUUAGUAAGGUCCUCUUUUACUUUUGUCUAGAAAUCAUCAACCCGUCAGCAUGAUCAUGCUUUAUAUUCCAUUUUUUCCUGGCAAACAAGAGCUAACGCUACAAUGAUGCUUUCUUCCUCAUUGACUCUGGCAUUCAGAAUAAAUAGGAAUGCUGGCCAACAACCCUGCCACAAAAAUUUAUUGUCCUGUGUCCACUGUCUUUUAAAGUAUGCCUUUUCCUUAAAAAAACAAUCAUUUUUAAAAAGUGCCCAUUUUUAAUUUGUUAAAGAGGCCCAUCCAAAUCAUGCUACCCUACUGCGGUAGCCAUCAACUCCAUGGUGGUAUAAGAAAACCUAAAUGGAUGAACUGCAUGCCAAGUAAGAAUUUCAAACACUCAGAGCUCAGUUUUCUCCAGGAAUGUUUGUUUUGUAGCAAAAAAAGAGAUGAUUCCAUCUUCCUGCCUCAUAUUUGCAGCAGGCACAUGUUCUGCAUUACUAGGGGAUUUGUACCUUUAAGGAGCCUUCCAAUUUAAAGUGAACUGAGCUCAUGCUCCUCAUAUUUUGGUUUAAUCCACAAAGGGUGUAGACUUUCUUCAUGGUGGCAAAUCUUCAAUUUGCAUGUGCCCAAACUCUCCCAGCUUCUUCUUACACUAUUAUUAGAAGGCCAUUUUAAGUAGCAGCUCACUGCAGGCUGCAAUUCAUGAACAGUUUUUGUUUAUUGUUUUUGCAUAUGGUGGAUCUAUUAACUACAAAGCUAGACAUCUGUAUUCCACCCUGCCUCACUUCGUUGCCGGUCAAACUCUCCUUGUGGAAUGCAAAUUUCACUAUGAUCCAAAUUCUGAAAGCAGCUGUAGUUUUUCAAAAUCUGAAAACAGCUGGAGUUUUUUGGUUUGGUGUGUAUGUUUGCCAAUAGAGAAAUUUCACUGGUGCACCCUCAAGAAGAGCCUCAUAUAAUUUGUUAGUUACAGUCAUGCCUGGGAUGCCAAUGAGAAAGUAAAGGAACCUGGCAAUGGGAGCUCACCCUGUCAUGCUCUGUCCCAGCUCCUGCCAACCUAGCAGUUCAAAAGCACGCCAGCGCAAGCAGAUAAAUAGGUACCACUGUGGCGGGAAGAGAAACGACAUUUCCAUGCUCUCUGGUUUCUGUCACAGUGUUCCCUUGCGCCAGAAGUGGUUUAGUCAUGCUGGCCACAUGACCUGGAAAGCUGUCUGAGGACAAAUGCUGUCUCCCUCGGCCUGAAAGCAAGAUGAGCUCUGCAAACCCAUAGUCGCCUUUGACUGGACUUAACUGUCCAGGGGUCCUUUACCUUACCUUUUUUUAUAGGAACCUGGCACUUAAGAACAGAAGAGGAGCUUUGUAGGUCUACUGAGGGACCAUCUGCUAGGGACAUUAAUUGGGUGUACGUCCUGACAGGCAGGGUUUCAAAUAGAAUUCUAUUAGUGGAGCCUCACAUCUGGGUUAUUGAUUGACACCUGUUUUGAAGCUGAUACUGAUGAAAUAAAGACCACAAAUUGGGCUUUGGCAAAGAUGAUAAAACCAACCACUCUUAACAACAAAACCUAGCCAUGGUCAUGGCUGGAUUAUCUUUCAUUUGGCUCGAAGAAAGGUGCUUGAUUGCCGUGGUUGUCUUUUUCCCUUUCUGGGGGGAUUAAAUAAAUAAAUCCCACUUGUGCUCUACACAUGCAAAGCUUCUACAUUUCAGCCUGUAACCCAUAAAUCCACUUCCUGGCACCAGAAACCUGGCCCAGGCACAAUAGAAACUUAGGUCUGGCUUUUUCACUAGCUCUUGUUUACUUGGCCCGAAUUUCAGCUUUGUAAUGAGUUUCAGAUUUCAGGACAGAAGUGAACAGGUAGAUUCCACUUCCUGCCUCAUCUCAGGGGACUGGAGAAUGGUGUCCCUUUUUAUUUCAGGCCACCAGUUUAAAUCCAACCCAUGCUGCUGCUGUUUGACUCUUAUCACAUUGGCAUCCAAGAGGCAGAUUUAGGAUGCCUAGUUGCCCCUGUGAUGAACAGAAGUGACACAUCUACCCAAGAGGCAUUGAAAGAAGACCACAAGGCUCUUUUAUUUCACAUUGUUUCCCUGUAGGAGCCUGUUCCCGUGACACAAGAUGCCCGUCAAACUUCAGCUAUUCAAAUGGCUGUGACAUCUUGCAUGCCAGCUACAGUAAUACAACUUUAAUGUCCUGUUCUAUAUUUGGCACAAUGUUCUCGCUUGGGGGACUUCAACAAGUUGCAACUUUUAAAUUGCAGUUGGAAGUGGCAAGGCUUUUUUCCCACCCCACCCACUUCUAGUUAAGCAGGUCAAAAAAAUAACAAGGAUUACUUGGUGACCCAAGGUUGUAGUUCAUGCAGCUACACGAAGAAGAAAAAAUGCACCUGACUGACCUCAUGUUCAUUUCACCUGGAAAGGGAGCACUUUGUACACUAAUGGAACUAAAUGUUACAGCAGACACCAAGUCUUUUUUAGCUCCUGUAAUCCACAUUGAUGCUGCUAUAUCAGCAAGUCUGCCUAUAGCUUGUCAGAAAGUGAGAGGAAAAGUGGGGUGGCCUCACAUACUCUAGGUCUACCCACCACUGGGAUAUAGGUUCUGGCCAGUUAUGUUCCUGACAAGCAGAAAAAGGUUGUUCAUCCCUGAUCUAGAAGAUUAUUUUAUGCAAAAGAAGAGUGUCCCUUUGAAAGAGUACCUAUUAUUUGGAUUAUUAGUUCAUUCUGUCCAAAGGAACAUGGGAAUAACAACAGUUUCUUCACCAUUUUAACACGUGUGAUCCAAUAGUGAGUGAAUGUGAUGUUUACGAGGAUGGCUGCUGUGGUUGGGGAAAGGGGCCUAUUUUCUAAAAAAAUAAUCCUGAAGAUAGGAUGAGAAUUCCCUCAAAAGAGCCACUCUUCCCAGAAACAUUAAUCUGACUGACUGACUGCUGUUUAAAUUCCAUUGCCUACCCUGUCUUCACUUAAAUCCAUAUUCUUCAACAGGUUGUUUUAAAAAUAUGUUUUCCAUCUUAGAUGCUAAUGUAUUUCUGGGAGAACUGGAAUUUGACUAAUCUUUCAUUUAAAGUAGAAAUCAUUUAAUACUCAGGAUUUGGGGUCUCAGGACAUGUGUGAUAUGCUGUGCCCCUUUUUCUGUUAGAAUUAAGAUGCCACUACAUACAGAUUUGUUGGUGUGUACUGUAUAGGCUAAGGAAUGAGGGUGGCUGUGGGUUAAACCACAGAGCCUAGGGCUUGCCAAUCAGAAGGUUGGCAGUUCGAAUCCCCGCGACGGGGUGAGCUCCUGUUGCUCGGUCCAUGCUCCUGCCCACCUAGCAGUUCAAAAGCAUGCCAAAGUGCAAGUAGAUAAAUAGGUACCACUCCAGUAGGAAGGUAAACGGCAUUUCCGUGUGCUGCUCUGGUUCACCAGAAGUGGCUUAGUCAUGCUGACCACAUGACCCGGAAGCUGUACGCCGGCUCCCUCGGCCAAUAAAAUGAGAUGAGUGCCACAACCCCAGUGUCGUCCAUGACCGGACCUAAUGGUCAGGGGUCCCUUUACCUUUACCUUUUACUGUAUAGGUAAUAACAUGCAAAAAACAACAACAACCCAUUCAGGCAUUUGGGCUGGAAAACAUGUGGGCUUAAAGUUGUGAUGAAAUAUGCACCCAUACCCAACCCCUCAUGUCUCUGCAUGGGCCUGUUCCACUUCCUACCUUUCCAUACUCAGGGGAUUCUAAGUGCAUUUGGGCAAAAGUGUUUUGAAUCCUCCUUGCUCUCAGAAACCAUGAUAAUGCAUGCACACAAUUGUGGUUCUCUGUGCAUGUGAGCUAAAUGCUCAUUAUUACUGGUUUCCUCAACGUCAUUCAAAGGUCUUCCCUCAAUGCUGCGUCACUCUUUUUAAGAAUUCAUCAUUGUAUGGUCAAAAUGAAAUAUAUUCUGUCUGAGAGAUUGCCAGUACCCACCCACACACUGAGCAUUGUAAUCUUAGCCUUCAACUGUGGAAUGUAGUCGUACACAUGUUAUGGCUGAGCAUCCAUUGCGUGAUGUAACUGUGGUGGUUAUCUAUUGUUCUAUCCAGCCAGUGUAUUUUUAAUUUCUGGAUUUGAUUAAAUGAUUAACAGUGCAAUAGUGUGCGUGUCACAAGGAAGCCCCUUUGAGUUCAGUGAGACUUACCACCACCCCAAGUAAUUAUAAAUAUGCUCCAAGCCAUAAGCAGUUCUUAGUUUGAGAACUUUUCAGAAUAGAAGUCUCUUUCUCUCUCUUGUAUUUGAGGGCUGUAUUAUUUAUUUAGGCACCCUGUAAUAAAGAUGCCAUUGUUUCAGAGCCCUGGCAGAGAAAGCAGAGAGCCAAGCUUUGCCUCGACCACGUAACAAUAUUGGCCACCCCAGCAGAAGCCACCCUCCUCCUUUAUUUAUUUAUUUGCUGCUGCACACAAUGACAAAAACAGCUAACUGGCAUGCCUCUCCCUUUGUAGUGCAUGCUCACCUCUGGGGAAGGAUGAAAUGCAUGGUGCUUGCUUUAUCUCUUUGAUUGUUGACAAUGAUGUCUUUUUUAAUGUUGGUUGUUAAUUGUGCUUUUAGUGCUUGUUGUGUGCCGUCCAGAGACCUGUAGGUGCUACUCAACUGACUUGUUGCAUUAGCACAAGGAUUACCUCUAGCACAAUGGGACUUCCCCUCCUCCCAAUGCGCGGCAGCCCCUCCCCUCCCCAGAUGUGCUCCAGAGGGUUGCGGGGGGGGGGACGUCCCAGAAGAAAUUUAGGGGUUCAUGGAGUGCUGAGCUGUAAUUCUUGUGCUAAGAGGUCCCUGACAUGAUGCCAUGCUGAAUAUAACCCUGUAUCUUCUUUAUUUGCCCUGUUUUUCAUACUGUAACAUAACCCCUCUAUCAGGGGUAGGCAACCUAAGGUCCGUGGGCCAGAUGUGGCCCAAUCGCCUUCUCAGUCUGGCCUGCGGAUGGUUCGGGAAUCAGCGUGUUUUUACAUGAGUAGAAUGUGUACUUUUUUAAAAAAUGCACCUCUGGGUUAUUUGUGGGGCAUAGGAAUUCGUUCAACCCCCCCCCCCCCAAUAUAUAGUCUUGUCCCACCACAUUUUCUGAGGGACGGUGGACUGGCCCAUGGCUGAAAAAAGUUGCUGACCCCUGCCCUAUAUGUUGUGAGGGAAGGACCAUGGUUCAGUGGUUCAGCAUCUGCUUUGGAUGCAGAAGGUCCCAGCUUUAAUCGGAGGCAUCUCCAAGUAGGGCUGGGAAUGUCCCCUCUCUGAAAGCCUGGAGAUCUGCUGCCAGUCAGAGCUAGAUGGACCAAUGGUCUGACUCAGUAUAAAAUGGCUUCCUAUGUUUGUAUAUUCUCUUGUGAUCAUAGAAGAUAUUGGAUAAAACACUGGUGAAAUUCUUUUUAGCUUGCAUCUAGAAGAAGUUAGUCACACUUUAGUUCCAUUGAAAUCAGUAGGUAAACAUUUAAAUCAACGUGACUUGUCAAUGGAAAUAACUAAAUAUCCUUUGGAUCCAAUCCAUUGUUUUUCUCUCUAAUUAGAAUUUACAGGAAAAUGGCGCCUGGUCAGAAUUCAAAUAGGAAGCCCAUAAUGAUGUGAGAAUUGGAUAAGGCAGAAGUUAAGGAAGAUGGGUCAAGCAGAAAACUGAAUCUUGCUUAGAAAUGCUCAAGACCCAAGUACUCAUUAGCCAUGAGUAGAAAUGCUGUGACCUGGAGGCUGCUAAUGGAUCAUAAUGGAUCCCAGCCAGUCAAGAAACCAAGCUGGAGGCCACUCAGAGCCUGGAUGUGCAGGGUAAUGGCCAAGAAAGAUGGCUUGAGUUUUAUUUUCAAUUCUCAGCCAAUGUGGAGUAUUCUGACUGCUGGAUGAUAAUGGUUUUUUUAAACAAUCUUGUUUCGUACAUUCUCCUCAUCUGCACAAAUAAAUGCCACCGAAUACCUGCAUAAUCCUUGCAUAGUUUCAGAGGUUAUUGAUAGAUAUCAGUUGAAACAUGCAUUCUGAAGACCAAUUGAUUGUAGACACAGGAUGAUUUAAUCAAUGGAACAGUUUGUUUCAUUUGUUUGUGACUGCCAGACUCUGCACAAUGUAGAGCAAGAGAUCAGGCAGAAACACUUACGGGGAUGUUUGCAGAGUUGGGCGAUUGGAGAAAGCCAUCCAUCAUGCAACUGCUUGGGGACAAAACGGAGGUAUAAUAACCCUUCCCCACUAUUUUAAGAGAGAUUUGGAUAUCCCAGGUACAAAAUUGACACUUGGAGAUUUUUUUUGGUGUGUAAAUACACGUGUGUCUGUGUAUUCAUUCAAAAGUACAGUUUAUAACAAUAAAAAAUACACUUGGAGACUUCUGACUCCCAAUGAAAAUCAAUGAAUUUAGCUGAUUGCAGUCCUGUACAUACCUCCAUAGAAGUAGUCCCCAUUUAGUUCAAUGAGACUUACUAUAAGGAAAGAGGGUAUAGGAGUACCGCUCCAGAGAGAAGCUGCCUUUUUGGUUUGGAAUGUGCCCUGUCUCCUAAAUCCCAUGUAGGACUGGUUCAGGGACUUUUGCCACUGUCGGUGGGACAGGACUCUCUCCCUCCCCCCUUGUGAUAUCAGAGGAUUCUGAAGCACAGCUUCAUUAGAUACCAGACGUGCCAGAAGCAGUGUAAUAGUAGAAGAGGACAGGAAUGUGUUUCCUUAAGCUGCUGGUGAGGUCAGGGAAGCUCAGUCUAGGUGGUUAGGUCUAAAAUGCUGAAUAAAGAAUUGGUAGAGCCAAGAUAGGUAAGAGUCUGUAAGAGUCUAGACACAGGCUUCUAACACAGCCAACAGCCCUAGGAUUCUGCUAAUCCAGAUGGCUGUUCCCUAACAGUUGGGGAACCUGUGGCCCUCCAGAUGUUGGACUGCAGUCCCCAGUGUGGGUAGACUCAUAAUCUGGUGACCCGGGUUUGCGUCUCCGCUCCUCCACAUGCAGCUGCUGGGUGACCUUGGGCUAGUCACACUUCUAUGAAGUCUCUCAGCCCCACUCACCUCACAGAGUGUUUGUUGUGGAGGAGGAAGGGAAAGGAGACUGCUUCAGGUAGUGAUAAAGCAGGAUAUCAAAUCCAGACUCUUCUUCUUCUUCAUCAUCAUCACCGGGAGUUGGCCCGGGCCUAGAUGGUUGAACUGGCUCUGACCACCAGGUCCAAACAUCUGUUUCCAGCUCAUUCAUCCUUCCUGGACAUUAAUAUUACUGGUUAUCAUAUUACAACUUUACUUUUACAGUGGUACCUCGGGUUAAGAACUUAAUUCGUUCUGGAGGUCUGUUCUUAACCUGGAACUGUUCUUAACCUGAAGCACCACUUUAGCUAAUGGGGCCUCCUGCUGCCACUGCGCCGCCACCACGCGAUUUCUGUUCUCAUCCUGAAGCAAAGUUCUUAACCCGAGGUACUAUAUCUUGGUUGGCAGAGUCUGUAACCUGAAGUGUCUGUAACCUGAAGCGUCUGUAACCCGAGGUACCACUGUAUUUCUAUCUAUUCUCCUUCACUGUUGCACAGCAUUACAAUGUCUGUAAGUUAUUAUAGUGACAGACAGCUCCAGAAACCAAAGCAGAAAGACCCAGUUAAAGGUUUUACACUGACCUUAGUUAAGGAUGGGCACAAGGAAGGCAAUGCAACUCAUCCUGCACUGCAGUCCUGAUGAAUGUGGCUCACGGCUAAAAACUAACAAAUUUCCAUGCCUUGGUUUCGUUAGCUCUGUCGUAGGGGUGGAUUUUAUUAAGAGCAGAGCAGUGGAGUGUAUUGCUAGAGGAAAUGCACUGUUUAAGCAGAGACCCGGCUUGUAAAAAGGUUCACUUUUCAUGAGUUCAGUUUCAAAUCAGAGGGAAGGCAAAAGGCUCUGAGUUUAUGGUAGUUUAUGUCUGUGAAAAUGAUGGUGUAGACUAAGAAACUGACAUAUGCACAUUUUCCCUUGCUUGGGCCUCUUGGGCAGUAAUGAUAGAGGAUAUUUUUCUGCUUCACCACAACUCAUUAUAUUUAUACACAUUAUAUUAUACAAACACACACACAUCUGCUGGAAAAUUGCUAUUCUGCCCAGACCAAGAUCACAGUAUCCCAUUUCUUGUAUUGCCAGCUAUGGCCAGAUUGCAGUCUUUAACAGGAUCUCAUUUACCCCUUAGCUUCAGGCAGCUCAGAUAAAGCCCAGAAAGACAGGUUGUAAUCCAAUAUCUUGUUUGAGACUUCAAAUGCGCUGAGAGAUGCUGAUCACCAAAGUUUGCUGGAGGGUUCAGAGGGUAAUUGUCAGUUAAACCUGUGUUUGCUGCGAGAAAAACAGUGUUAACUUACAGUGGAAUGAUGGCUUGACUCUGGGCUUGUCCACACUGAACUUUACCAUGCAUCUGAGGCUGUCUGAGUCCAAGGUUUUUGGGCAUCCAUGCUUUUGGUGACUAAAUUUGGAUUUCCUCAGACCUUGAAAAAUCCAAAAAGUAAAGCAAAACCCAAAGUAAAUCUGCUGCUAUACAGACUGUGGCUGUUUGCAUUCUAGUCAGUCUAUCAACAGUUUGCACCUGGUCAGCUGAUGGUAAAGUCACAGUGAAAUAUACUCAGAGUCGCAUAGUGAUUUCAUGCUCUUUAUUGCAUCUCAUAAACAGUGAAUUCCUCCCCAGAACCUCAGGCUUUAUAUACAUUAUUUACACAAUGGGUCCCAUGUGAUUGGCUGACUCUGCUUCCCUCCUAGAGCCUGAUUGGGCUGCUCCUGCAGGCCAACCCAGUUGUUGCAUUCUAGGAUCCUAGCUCAGUACAUAACACACAGUCUUCCUCAGACUCCGAAGGCCUUCUGGUGGUUCCCUCACUGUGAGAAGUGAGGUUACAGGGAACCAGGCAGAAGGCCUUCUCGGUAGUGGCGUCCACCUUGUGGAAUGCCCUCCCAUCAGAUGUCAAUGAAAUAAACAACUACAGUGGUACCUCGGGUUAACAACUUAAUUCGUUCUGGAGGUCCGUUCUUAACCUGAAACUGUUCUUAACCUGAGGUACCACUUUAGCUAAUGGGGCCUCCCACUGCCACUGCACUGCCACCGAGCGAUUUCUGUUCUCAUCCUGAAGCAAAGUUCUUAACCUGAUGUACUAUUUCUGUGUUAGUGGUGUCUGUAACCUGAAGCGUCUGUAACCCGAGGUACCACUGUAUCUGACUUUUGCAAAACAUCUGAAGGCAGCUCUGUUUAGGGAAGUUUUUAAUGUUUGAUCUUUUAUCGUGUUUUUAAUAUUCUGUUAGGAGCCUUGCCAAAGUGCACUUCUGUGCAUGCACGGCGAAAUGCGGAAGUAUACACUUCCAGGUUUGCCGCAUUCGUAACCUGAACUUUACGUAUCAAGGGCAGUAUGUAACUAGAGGGUCCACUGUAUUGUCAUUGUUUAGGAGCCCCCCCUUAGUUCUGUAAAUUUAAGUUGCCUUAAACUGUUUUUAACAUUGUGUUUUAAUUGCUAUAAUGUGACCUGGGACCAGGGGAUGAAGGAUGAGUAAUAAAUUGUCGUAAUAACAAUAGCUAGGAGAAAAUCAGCUGUGGAGGUGGAAUGCAAGGGAGAAGUGCUGGGUGGCUAUUGUGAAUGGGAGGCUUAAUCCACUGCUUUUUGAGAGACACUGGGUUCUGUUAGCUUGAAGCGAUGGUUUAAUUAGAAUGCUAACAUCUGUAAAUAAUAAACAAGGGAGAGGGAGACAUUUGUUUGAGUAUAGUAUAGAGAUUAUUGUAUUACUAAAAGAAGAGGGUUAAGUCCGGCAUAGGCAAACUUGGCCCUCUAGAUGUUUUGGGACUACAACUCCCAUCAUCCCUAGCUAACAGGACCAGUGGUCAGGGAUGAUGGGAGUUGUAGUCCCAAAACAUCUGGAGGGCCGAGUUUGCCUAUGCCUGGGUUAAGCACUCACCAUCACUAUCAGUUUCCUUCCACAUGUUAUACCCAGAUUUCUGUAGUUAGGUUUCCCCUGAAUGUCCAGCCUGGCCCAGAAGGUGGUGCCUUCCCCACAGAUUUUUUUUUUUGCUUAUAAAUCAGGUGCCAACCCUGUAGGCGAAUGGAAUCUGAAGAAUUUAGUUUAAUAUUUACCUUAGCCAUUUGUACUUUGAUAAGCAAUGGGUCAUUCACAGCUGGGUACAAGACAUAACACUGGUAGGCUAGUCGUGAUGUUUGCUUUACAUUUCACAUGCUUAUUGAUCGCAUUCUUUUGAGGACGGCUGGAUUUUGAAAAAAAGAUUAAUGGCAGGUGGUGGUGGUUGUCUCACAUUUCUGAGAAGCCAUUGGGAAAAGGCCUGCUCAGUACCUAGAUUACUGAUAUGAAACACAUAAAUUAACUACAAAUUAGAUUCUCUCGCCAGCUGCAAGACAAUGGACCAAGCAGGCAAUCACUUCAGGGCAUGCCCCAACAACAUCUUAUAACCCCAAAGAUGUUUCUAAAUGUGCUGCUCUGUUUUUGAUUUUUAGGGUUUUGUUGCUGUUUUGUUUGAUAGCGCAUUACAUUGUAUUAUAUUGUAGCUUGUCAGUUUCAUUGUUAUAAAUAUUGUAUUUUUUUGUAAACCUCUUGGAGGCUGUUUUAAGGAUUAAGCGAUAUACAAAUAUAUUAAAUAGGCAAAUAAAAAUGAACCCCAUAAGGCAUUGCAGAAUAAAAUGAGCAGAGAGUGAGAGGCUGGUGGUUGUCUGAGGACUUUAAGAAAAAGGCCCUGGUCAGAACACAGGAAGAGCCCCAGGCAGAUCAAGCUAAAGGCCAACCAGCGCUGGAGGCAGUAAACGUCUGAAAACCAGUUACUGGGAACAAAAGGAGGGGAGAGUGCUUUUGCCUUCAGGUACUCCAUGUAGGCAGUGGUGGACGUUGGGCUCUCAAAUUUCAGUGGCACCCUGUGUCACCGCUGCCUGCAAGGAGAACCUGAAGGCAAUAGCACUCUCCUCUCCUGUUGUUACCAGUAACUGGUUUUCAGAGAUGAAAUGCUCAGAGCAGUGUGAUGCAGUGGACUAUGCCUCUGAAUACCAGUUUCUGAGAAUCUGUACUGGUUGUGGGCUUCCUGUGGGCCUCUGAUUGGUCCUUGUGAGAACAGAAUGCUGGACUAGAUAGCCCACUGGCCUGAUGCAGCAGAGCUCUUAGGUUCUUCUGAAAGAUGGUUGGCUUUAGACUAAAGGUAAAGGGACCCUGACCAUUAGGUCCAGUCGUGACCGACUCUGGGGUUGCGGCGCUCAUCUCGCUUUAUUGGCCGAGGGAGCCGGCGUACAGCUUCCAGGUCAUGUGGCCAGCAUGACUAAGCCGCUUCUGGCGAACCAGAGCAGCGCACAGAAACGCCGUUUACCUUCCCGCCAGAGUAGUACCUAUUUAUCUACUUGCACUUUGAUGUGCUUUCGAACUGCUAGGUUGGCAGGAGCAGGGACCGAGCAACAGGAGCUCACCCCGUCACGGGGAUUCGAACCGCCAACCUUCUGAUCAGCAAGUCCUAGGCUCUGUGGUUUAACCCACAGCGCCACCUGCGUCCCACUGGCUUCAGACUAGGAGGACAUAAAUUGCAAACCCUGCUUAGCCAUGAUGUUCAUGAAGAAACAUUGUGCUGGUCAUAUAAAGCAGUACAACUAUCUCAUCCUAGCCUAUGUUUCAGGAUUAUUAUGGGGAAAUAAAACCAUGGCCCUUUUAAAGGUGAUGGCUGAUUUUCUUCUUGCUUUCCACCAUCCAGCCCCCUGCAAUGGCAGCGUGUAUUAAAGCACUUGGCUCCAUUUGCUAUUUCUCUGGCCUCUGAUAAUCACUUAGUUUAAUGUAAUCCCCACCCCCACCCCUGGCAGAGAAUUACAAUCACAACACCAAGUGCCUUCCCUUCAAUAUGCUUUGAGUUAUCCCAGCAGUCUGCAAUAUGAGAUUGCCAGGACAUUUCUGGAAAGUAGCAUUGUGGCUGUUUUUAGCCACAAAACAGUUUCUGAAAAUAAAAGUGUCACUUUAGACAUGAGCUGGAUUUUCAGCAAAUGAAUGUGUUCCUUUCUUCCAGAUGCAAAAGGUGCUUUGGCUGUGUGUAGUUAUUGCUAGCUUUUCAAAACGCAUGGAGACUGAAGCUGCUGGUUUCAUCACUUUGCUUGGGAAUGUAAAAAGCUUUUCUCAAUAUGUGUUUUCUCUUCCAGACGUUUACACAUAAAGAGUAAUGUUUUGGCAUUGUUUGAGGAUUUGCAGAGGCCAGGGGGAAAACUUAAGUGUGAUCCAUGCUCUUUGUGCAGAUAAAAGAGUGCAUUUUUUUUUAUCUCACAUAGAUUUCAAAACUAUCUCGCACAUUAAAAUCAGUGGAACUUACAAAUGCUUAGGCUGGACAAUGCAUGGGACUAAGUCCGACUGAAUUCACUGGGGCUUAUUUCUCAAUAAACAAGUACGGGAUUGGCUUGUUGGUUUACAUCCCAUCAUAUAUUCAGAAUGGCCUUGACAUAAACAUUGCAUUCACCACUUGGGGUUAGAGGAAGUCCUGUUGAUGUGUGUAAUAGAUGCAAAAUUUACUCAGGGUCCUCCCUCCUGCUUGGGCCUUUGUAGUUUAGUUUACAAUUCCAAGUGACAUCAUUUUACAAUUCCAAGUGACAUCAUUAAUUUAGAAGGUUUUCCAACCACUGGGUGUUAUUCUAUGGGAAUGCAUCUCAAACAACCUCCAAUUAAUGGGGUUAAUUUUCCAUCCAAAUCUAAAAAGUCUGUAGAAUAGUGGGGAGGGAGUUUAGUAGAAUAUAUAUAUAUAUAAACAGGCCAGGUUUUCUAUAGACUUGCUUACUCAGGCUAUGACUAUUAAAAACAUUUAAAGAGAGCUACUUAAUGUCAAAUUGACUGUUGCUUUAUUAAGCUCUUGGAAUGAACUCGAUGGCAGCCAAGAAGGUAUUACAUGGUCGUUUGUAAAUCAAAGGUGCUAUGGGAUUUUCACAAGGUGUGUGCUUGAAUUUCUCUGUUCCUUGUUUGGAUUUCUCAGCUUCUCUAGAAAUGAAGAGUUACCUAAAUGUCAAAUAGGUUGUUCUGAUUUAGAAGCCCAGUUAAGUCCCACUUUGCACCAUAGUGGGUGUCAUUCAAGUAAGCAUUUCUCAGAGUAAAGGUAAAGGACCCCUGACCGUUGAAUCCAUCUUGCUUUACUGGCCGAGGGAGCCGGCGUACAGCUUCCGGGUCAUGUGGCCAGCAUGACUAAGCCGCUUCUGGCGAACUAGAGCAGUGCACAGAAACACUGUUUACCUUCCCACCAGAGUGGUACCUAUUUAUCUACUUGCACUUUGACGUGCUUUUGAACUGCUAGGUUGGCAGGAGCAGGGACCGAGCAAUGGGAGCUCACCCCGUCACAGGGAUUCGAACCACCGACUGAAAUUAAUGAACAUGACUUAGUUACACCCAUUCAUUUCGAUAGGUCUGCUCUGAGUAAAACUUUGUUGAAUACCAGCCAAGGAUCUGGUUUUUAUCCCCAAAGAACCCAUUGAAAACCCUUCCCCCUAUCAAUGGCACCCUUGGUCCUCUUUGUUCUUUUCUUAGGAGCUGCCUCACUUGUUUGCUAUGUCUUGUAAAAACGUAGCUCCACUUUAUAAAUUAACUUAUUGUAAUGACUUCCCCCCCCCCCCACCUCCGUCUGCGCUGCACUUUGGCUGCUUUCCACAUUCCCCUUGGCUCAAAAUGAUUGAUAGUGAAACUGUCCUUGAAGCAGUGCAGGAAUGCUAAGCUUUUUUGUUCGAAGCCUGGUCUCCUCCAGUGAAAUACCUUCUUUCGGUCUCUCUGUUCCGUUGAAAAUCAUAUCCUUAUGGAGGAAUGAAUUUAGCAGGUUUCCCAACCACUGGGUGUUAUCCUCUGGGAAUGCAUCUCCAACAACCUCCAAUUAAUGGGGUUGAUUUGGCAUCAUUUGGGCCACAGAUCUGGCAAAGGGAUGACCAGUGUGACCUUGCACGUUAGAAUCAGAAUCCCCAUGAAAUUCCUAUGAAGUAAGGAGCGAUGGGUGGAUGUGUCCCUCAUAGUUUUUCUCCUCUCCAAAUCGUAUACUCUUAGAAUUGGGAAGGACCCUCAAGCAUCAUCUAGUCCAACUCCUUGCAAUGCAAGAAUCGCAACUAAAGAAUCCCUGAUAGAUGACCAUCCAGCCUCUCCAACAAAGGAGGUUUGAAAACUUCGACUGCAGGCCUCAGUCUGGUGGCAUGUUAAACACCAAUUUUGGGUGCACAGUUCUGUGACCACUGACGUAUGUUACAUGCUGCUGAGGAGCAUCUGAUGCCUUGCUUUGAGGUCCUUAUUGUGACGAGGUGCUUACAGAGGGUUCUGAUUAUUUAUGGCAGCAGGCAUAUCAAGUUGUUAAUAGCAGAAGGCACUGUAGCUGCCAAAUGUUGCCUGUUCCAGCCCUAUAAAAGUGGACUAGUUUUUAAAACCUUUGGCAGAUUUACACUCUAGUAGCUGCCAUGUCAUAUUUCUAAUAAUGGAGCAUCUGUGGGCUGCUGCUUGCCUUUUCCAUUACUGUCUGAAUAGUUGCACUUGGUUUGGUGUGUUUUGCAGGGCCAAAAGUAUUUGCCUGUCAUUAUGAUGUAUAGUGCACAACCAACAAAGCAGUUUAUCAUCAAUAUGGAUGAUGUCUCUGGUAUUUCAUUCUGGUGUUCCUUCCUUCCAUAAUCUGGAGGAAGAGCUUCCAGACUAUAUUUUAAAUAAUAAUGAUGAUGAUGAUAAUGAUGAUGAUAAUAAUAGAGAACAUUAAGUGACUAAAUCAAUGUGGCCUUUCAUCCCAGCAGCUAACCAAGCACAAAUCUAUAACUACUUAGGUUUUUGAUGAGGCAAUGGAGACAAUUAGAGAAUGAUUUUCUCUUGUACUAUAAACUAGGUGUUGGAUUGAUGUGUGUAAUUGCGUUAGAAAUUAUUUAGUCAGCAUGCAUUUAUGAGCCUGGCACCCUGGGCCCAAAAAAAGCUGCAGGAAAAUAAGUUUCAUUGCCACCGAAACUGCUGCAUAAUCCUUUAAAACAUAAAUAUUUGGCUGCCCUCUUGUUUGCCAUGGAAAAAAGAACAUUCCAGUCUUGCAAUGUGCAAUUUAUAUUGACAUAUAAAUGUGUACUUUAUACUUUCAUUGUUUAGAAAACGUUGCAUAGGUGGUAUCUAACAACAGGAAGAUUAGACAGAAUCUAGACAGUUUAAGUGAUCAUUGCUAGUGAUGUUGAGCUUCUGUAGUAACUCUAUUGCACGUUUUAUGGGCAUGCCUCAAAUUACUAAAACUCUACAUUCAUGGAAAUACUGUAGGUCAUGAUUUACUGGGAAAUUGUUUGGUGCCCAGGGUAAUUUUUGAGGUAACAGGGAAGUUCUUGAGAUAACAGCUCAUUGCUAAUUGCAGAUUGGAUGGCUGUUUAGAUUCAGAAAACAAAACCCUCUAUUCUUUGGGUGUAUGGAUACCAAGGGUAUGGAACAUAGAUUAUAUGACAAACUUGACAGCUAUGGUAAGUGUCAGAGGGUAACUUCCAAUGAUGUCUUCCUGCUUGUGCAAUAGAAACCCAGCUUAGCAAAGGGAAUUUUGGCCUGUCGUAGGGAGAAGGAGAGGAAGAAGCAGCAGCCCUGUUGCACAAGCAGAUGCCCUCUCACCUCUUUGUUGGAUCUCAUGCAGAGAAGGAAAGCAGCAUGGUCAUACACUUAGAGGCAGAGUUCAUUUGUACCUAACACUUACCUAACCCAUGACGUAGCACAGAUGAGCAAAUGCAUGGACUUCUGGGGAGAAGUUCGUGGCUACUUUGCUCCUUCUCUGGUCCUUCUGCUGCUGUGCAGUGCUUAGUGUAGUUUGGCUUAGUGUAUCAACUGAAUCCAAAUGUGUGGUGUAGCUCUCUCCAGGCAAACCAUGAACUGUGAACCAUAGGGCAAACCUUAGUUAAAGCUUGUGGUUUGCUUGGAGAGAACUAAACCGUGAGCCUUGCUUCAGAUGACCUGCUAAACCAAACCAUGGCUUUGUUCAGCACAGUAGCAGAACAGCUGGAGAAGGAACAAAGCAGCUGUGAUCUCCUCUGGUACCCACAUGUUUGCUCAUUUGCACUAAGCCAUGGUUUGGCUUAGCGUUCCAUGCAAACUGGAACAUUAUGCAUUGGAACAAAGAAGUUCAAGGCACUAUAAUAAAUUCAUUUACUUACUGGAGAACAUAUAGUUCAAACAUGACUUACGUUAAGACUGAGAUUAAUACAAUAUGUCAGAAUAUGUAAAUAGAGUGAGUGAUAUUUAUUAAAUUAUUCAUCAUGGAAGUUAUGCUAAGUUAUAAACUGUUUUGUGCUUUAUUAACUAGGAAAUAUGCAUUUUACAAUUUUCAUUAUCAAUGUGCCUUAUUGGUCACAAGACACAAAUUACAAUUUGGACUCUGUGGCUCCUUCCAUCUUGUGUUACUUUGUAACCAGUGAUAUUUGCUUUUAAUCACACUUCUUAUAUUUUGGGUGGAAAAAACCUUGAUGACAGGCAGCCAAGAUGCCUUUACCAGAUUAAACAGAUAUACAAACACCCAAUCUAGAAGAUAUCCUUAGAACAUGCCAGCACAAACAUACAAUUAUCCUCCUUUGAGAUAACAUGUUAUGUUUCAGCAGACUGGCUAAGCAGUGUUGACCAUGAGACCAUAAAUAUAACUUGAAAGGGGUUUAAUAAAAGUAUUGAGGACUGGAUUCCACUGUCCCAGGAAUUUUGGCCAGAAUCAAACCAGUUGCUUUAAAUGCACUGAUAGUCUAGGGGUUCAUGCAUUCAUUCAUUCAUUCAUUCCCUUUGACUGGCAGUUUCCAACAGUUUCAGAAGAUGUUUGCUAUGUGGCAUAUGGAUGUGGUGGUGACCUCUCCAAAGUUCAUUUUGGCACACGAAACUAGCUGCAAUGUUCUUUGGGUCCAGGUGCUUGUUUACAGACCAGAUAAUUUCCUGCUGUGAAAGUGAAAGCAUUUCUUGUGUACCAUCAAGGACCUCUCCAGUUAUCUGCUGACAUCGGCAACAAAACUACUUCUGAUAAUGUAUUUUGUGAUGGCCAUUACCACUACUUUUUUGGUCAUAGACCAAAUGGAGCAAACAGCACGCAGACCUAGUGGUGGGAGGAAAGAAUCCUUAAAUAAGAGGCACGGGGGAAUGAUUAAUGGACUUCAAUGUCUGUACACUAAUGCGCAAAGCAUGGGAAAUAAACAAGAUGCGCUUGAGCUCUUGGUACAGCAAACUAAAUAUGACAUAAUAGGCAUCACUGAAACCUGGUGGGAUAAGUCCCACGAUUGGAAUGUAAUAAUGGGGGGAUACAAUCUAUUUCAGAGAAACAGACCAGACAAGAAAGGAGGAGGAGUGGCGUUAUAUGUCAGGGAUGUGUACACCUGUGAAGAGAUUCAGGAUAUAGAACCUCAAAGCCAAAGUGAGAGCAUUUGGGUCAAAAUUAAGGGAGAGAAGAAUAACAGUGACCUCAUUGUGGGAGUUUACUGUAGAUCCUCAAGCCAAACGGAGGACAUAGAUGAUGCCUUCCUGGAACAGAUGGCCAAGCAUACAAAAGGAAGGGAGAUAGUAGUAAUGGGGGACUUCAAUUACCCGGAUAUUUGUUGGAUGUCAAACUCAGCCAAGAGCAUAAGGUCAAACAGAUUCCUCACUGGCCUUGCAGACAACUUCAUUGUCCAGAAAGUGGGAGAAGCAACAAGAAGAACAGCCAUUUUAGAUCUGGUCCUAACCAAUGUUGAUGACCUGGUUAGUGGGGUAGAAGUGGAAGGAUCAUUAGGCGCGAGUGAUCAUGCUCUUCUGAAGUUUACUAUACAGCGGAAAGGAGCAGCCAAGCAUACUAGGACUCAAUUUCUUGACUUUAAGAAAGCCGACUUCAUAAAACUUAGGGAAGUGCUGGGUGAGAUCCCAUGGACAGUAAUACUAAAAGGAAAGGGAGUUCAUGAUGGCUGGGAGUUUGUUAAGAGGGAGAUAGUAAAAGCACAACGUCAGGCAAUACCAAUGAGACGGAAACAUGGAAGGUGCCUAAAGAAGCCAGGGUGGCUAUCUAAAGAACUUUUAACUGAGUUAAGAUUAAAAAGGAUGUGUACAAAAAUGGAAAAGGGGGAAACCACCAAAGAGGAAUUCAAACAAAUAGCCAGCACGUGUAGACACAAAGUCAGAAAAGCUAAAGCACAGAAUGAACUCAGGCUUGCUAGGGAGGUUAAAAGCAACAAAAAAGGCUUUUAUGGGUAUGUUCGUAGCAAAAGGAAGAACAAAGAAACAGUGGGGUCACUCAGAGGAGAAGAUGGUGAAAUGCAAACGGGACACAGAAAGGGCUGAACUCCUCAAUGCCUUCUUUGCCUCAGUCUUCUCCGAUAAAGAAAACAAUGCCCGACCUGAAGAAUUUGGAGCAAAUGAUUCAGCAAAGGAAACACAGCCCAGAAUAACUAAGGAGAUAGUACAAGAAUACUUGGCUAGUUUAGAUGUAUUCAAGUCUCCAGGGCCAGAUGAACUGCAUCCAAGAGUAUUAAAAGAACUGGCAGAUGUGAUCUCAGAACCACUGACAGUCAUCUUUGAGAAUUCCUGGAGAACAGGCGAAGUCCCGGGCAGACUGGAGGAGGGCAAAUGUUGUCCCUAUUUUCAAAAAGGGGAAAAGAGAGGACCCAAAUAAUUACCGCCCAGUCAGUCUGACAUCAAUACCAGGGAAGAUUCUGGAGCAGAUCAUUAAGGAAACAGUCUGUGAGCACCUAGAAAGGAAUGCUGUGAUCACCAAUAGUCAGCAUGGAUUUCUGAAAAAUAAGUCAUGUCAGACUAACCUGAUCUCAUUUUUUUGACAGAAUUACAAGCCUGGUAGAUGAAGGGAACGCAGUGGAUGUAGCCUACCUUGAUUUCAGCAAGGCAUUUGACAAGGUGCCCCAUGAUAUUCUUGUAAAGAAGCUGGUAAAAUGCGGUCUUGACUAUGCUACCACUCAGUGGAUUUGUAACUGGCUGACUGACCGAACCCAAAGGGUGCUCAUCAAUGGUUCCUCUUCAUCCUGGAGAAGAGUGACUAGUGGGGUGCCACAGGGUUCUGUCUUGGGCCCAGUCUUAUUCAACAUCUUUAUCAACGACUUGGAUGAUGGACUCAAGGGCAUCCUGAUCAAAUUUGCAGAUGACACCAAACUGGGAGGGGUGGCUAACACCCCAGAGGACAGGAUCACACUUCAAAACGACCUUGACAGAUUAGAGAACUGGGCCAAAACAAACAAGAUGAAUUUUAACAGGGAGAAAUGUAAAGUAUUGCACUUGGGCAAAAAAAUGAGAGGCACAAAUACAAGAUGGGUGACACCUGGCUUGAGAGCAGUACAUGUGAAAAGGAUCUAGGAGUCUUGGUUGACCACAAACUUGACAUGAGCCAACAGUGUGACGCGGCAGCUAAAAAAAGCCAAUGCAAUUCUGGGCCUCAUCAAUAGGAGUAUAGCAUCUAGAUCAAGGGAAGUAAUAGUGCCACUGUAUUCUGCUCUGGUCAGACCUCACCUGGAGUACGGUGUCCAGUUCUGGGCACCACAGUUCAAGAAGGACACUGACAAACUGGAACGUGUCCAGAGGAGGGCAACCAAAAUGAUCAAAGGCCUGGAAACGAUGCCUUAUGAGGAACGGCUAAGGGAGCUGGGCAUGUUUAGCCUGGAGAAGAGGAGGUUAAGGGGUGAUAUGAUAGCCAUGUUCAAAUACAUAAAAGGAUGUCACAUAGAGGAGGGAGAAAGGUUGUUUUCUGCUGCUCCAGAGAAGCGGACACGGAGCAAUGGAUCCAAACUACAAGAAAGAAGAUUCCACCUAAACAUUAGGAAGAACUUCCUGACAGUAAGAGCUGUUCGACAGUGGAAUUUGCUGCCAAGGAGUGUGGUGGAGUCUCCUUCUUUGGAGGUCUUUAAGCAGAGGCUUGACAACCAUAUGUCAGGAGUGCUCUGAUGGUGUUUCCUGCUUGGCAGGGGGUUGGACUCGAUGGCCCUUGUGGUCUCUUCCAACUCUAUGAUUCUAUUUCCCUGGUCACUUUAUUUCUCUGGACUAACGUAAUUUAAAAAUGUUUUGGGUUGUUGUGUUGUUGUUGUUUUGGACACUCGCCAGCUUGCUAAAACCAUGGACAUAAAAUGCCAGGAAGUUGUCUUAGCAUUAUUGUUCUCCCAUCUUGCCAAUGCAGACAGAAUUCUGCUUCGUGGGGCAGGGGGAAAUCAGACUUCAGACAGUCUAGGACUGGAUCCAGACACAUCAAAGAAGUGAUUUAGUUAAAUGAGUUGUAAACUUCACACAGGGAAGUCCUGUUGGAAAGCAGGACUCCACAGCGCCAUCUGGUGUUAUAUGGUUAUAACGCAUAUAAAGCGAUUUAUCUUUACAAAUGUAGCUGAGUCCUAAGAAAGGCUUUUGAAAGGUAUAUAAUGAUUUCAAAAUGUCAUCAUGGAAAUUUGUAGCAAUUGGUUUUUGUCUAAACAUGAUUGAUCUAGCAGGACCUUUCGGUAUUAGUAUUUGACAUAUAUUUUGAGCUAUUUAUAGAAUUCUAGAGAAACAAAGGAUAACAUUACUUCUUAGGUUUGUCAAGACAUUUGUAUUAAUAUGUGCCCACAUUUCACAGAUAAAUUUGAAAGGAUCACACACACUUAAAAUGCAGGCUUUGGCCAAAAUAGGAGGGACACUGCAUUUCUAUCAGUAAGUUCUGGGCACAGCCAAGGACUUCUAAGUUUUAUUUCAGUUGAACAAGUGAGCAUGUGUUUCACCAAUUCUCAUUGAAAUCAUUCUGAUUUUAACAUGUUAAAUUUUGACUGAAUGGUGCCCUCCUUUGGAAAACUCUGGCCCUUCUUAUUUAUUUUUACAACUAACUGAAGAAAUUGGGCCAGUUCAGAUAAAACAAUCUUGGCAUAAUUUAUUUAUGAAACAAAAAAUGAGCAUUGUGCCCUUCUCUCCUUCCAUUGUGUGCUGGUUUAGGUGCUUGUCUAAUGAUUUGUGCCCUGUUAUACAGAAACCAGGAAAUUCUGCCCACUAACCAGGAUAUGAAAACUAGAAUUGGAUCAGAUUCUGUGUUUGUUCUUAGUUUAAUAAACCAUGGUUUAUUGAGCCAAGAUCAUUACUUCUGAACCUGGCCCACUAUUUGAAGUUUGAAAAGUGAACCUUUGGACCUUUAUGAAAAAAAUGCAGCAAUCUUUGCCAGGUCUUCAAAAGUUUUGCUUUUUAUAUAAAUCCUUGUCUCGAUGUGAUAAUGUAGCUAAAUAUUAACACAGCACCACUUUGUUUGGUAGAUGUGAUCUUCAACUCAGAUGCACUGCAAAUAGUUUCCCCAAAGCUUUGCACAAUUAUAAAAACUUCAUAUUUUGUGAGAAUCAAGAUGCCAUCAAAUCUUAUGUUUAUAAAACAAAAAUGUAAAUUACAUUGUUCAAAUUAUAAGCACCCAAGAAGCAUAGUGUUCACUAUUCUCAUGCCUGAAGAUACUGGCAAACACUCAGUGAAGGUACGUAUAAUAUAUCCAAACAGAAUGAGGGAAGCUGUCUUGUUUGUAGUGAUAUAUAAUCUGAUACACCUUUUUUGGCUAAGGAACAGGACAAGUUAUUUAUGAAAUGCAAGUGUUCACAGCAAUGACAAAUUAGGGCGGCUAAUUAGCAAGUGAAUCCAUAUUCAAGCCUGAGAAAGUCCAGAUGUGGAAUCAGUUGGGGCAGAGGCAGCUAACAUAAGAGUACAGAAGAUUCCUAGUGACUCACAGUUGAACUCAGGGUCAAACUCCAAAAUGAAAAAAACAUGGUUGGGAUGGUAAGGAAGCAGACAGUAAUGGAGGAAGAACUGGGAACUCAUGGACAGAGACAGGAUCUACGAAAGCAACAUACCAUUUUUUAGUUUUUUGGGCCAGAGGAGGGUUUCUGUAAGAAACUUUAAGUGUACAGAGACAGCAUUGAAAGUCAAUGUGAAUGUUACAUGGUGAGAAGAAGGACAAGUGAAACCUGUUUCACCUUUUAUGUGAUUCCUGCUUCUAUUAGAUAUUUGAAUUGGCUCUUGUGAUCAACCAAUCAAAUGCUUAUGGGUGGGGCUACUGGGGGUGGCCCGUGAAUCUAAUUGGGCUAUGUAGUAGUAAGACGGCAGUAAGCAACAUUGAUGUGUUUCAAUUACCUCUUUUCUUUCCUAGGAUCAUCUCUCCAUUCAUGAAGUGUGAUGAUGACAUGUGAAAAUAUCUGCAAUAAAAUAUGAUUACUCAUGGCCAUAAAAUUAAAGACCUCUUAAUAUUAUGUCAGUUUCUUACUUGGAAGAACAGACUGAUUAGUGAAAGAGAAUAUGUCUUCUGUUGAGAGUGAAAUAUCAAGAUGGAACCUCAGGCACAUCAAAAGAAUAGCUGACCUCUUGGCGCCAGUGGCCUCACCUAGCGAUGCUAACAGGUUUUCACCAGAUAAAUCCAUCAGUGGCAUAGACCGGUGCUCACACAUUCCUGGAAAAGCAGACUCUGCUUAUAGUUCUUUCUCGGGUGGCUCAAAUAUCCCAGAGUGUCCUGUCCUAUUUUGCUAUAAUGAGCAUGAUUCUCUGCCUCUAGAGCAGCUAUCAUAUAUGGACUCAGGAUAUGUUAGAGGCAUUUAUAAUCCCAGUGCAAUAAAUCCAGCAUUUAGACAGAUGUAUGAAGACAGGGCAGCGGGCAGCCACUAUAUAUUGGAAAAUUCUGGCCUUGGCAAGCCAUGUGGAAGCACUUCUGCCCAUGGGAUGCCAUACCAACCAUCACCACAAUUGGCUAGAUUUCCAUCUCCUCACCCACCAUCCCCACCAACUCGAGUUGAUAGCUAUAAAACAAACAGAAAUGUAGAUCCUGGAAUUUGCUUUGACCCCAGUAUGCAAGCAGAUGUGUGCAUUCAAGAUACCGACUCUCCAGCAAACUAUCACAAUGAUUACUGGCUCUCUAGAUGGGAGGAUGAAAGCCCAGUCACAGAAGAGGGUGACAGUUUGUAUCCUGUCAGUCAACAUAUCUCUAGGAAUACCAGCUCCACCAUAUCCACCACACCUUUCAUUCUUCAAGAAAAUUUAAGGUCUGGUUCUCUGGUCAAGACCCAGAAUAUUUCGUGUGCUCAAAAUUCAGUCUGCUCUUAUGCAUCUCCUGAGCCAAUGGAGUCUAAGUCCUCUCCGUCACUACAUACCAGCCACAAUGCUGUUAAUGAUACACAAGAGAACAAACAGUAUUUUUAUGCCUGCAGUGUACACAAACCAGCCUUCGCAGCAGAUCUGCCAAGCUGCGUGGCAGUAUCCAGCACAAAGAAGGGGCAGCUUCAUGGUGUUCCGCAUCCAUUCAGAGUUGCUGAUCGCUCAGGAUUGGGCCAAGAUGAAUACGAAAGCUGUUUGAACUUAAAAUACACUGACAGCUCUCUCUCCAACAAGGCUGUGCUAGGAAUGAUUGAAAGCUAUGAAGGCAACAAGAAACAUUUCUUCAGCUCUGAAGAAGGAAGCAGAGAUGUCUGGCAACCACUUCUAAAUCAGCAAUCCAGAAUGCAGAAGCUGCUGCCUCAUGGUCUGGACCUCACAGAAACACCUCACUGGGAAGUCCAGGAGACAGCCAGUGCAUUACCGUAUUAUAGUCACGAUGCUGAGACCUCUGCUUCCCAACCAGUGAAUGGGUUUAGAAAAGCAAAGAAAAAUGACAUGAAUAGCAGCCCUGAACUUCUGGUGAACCCCAGGCAAGAGGAAAUGCUCAAGCCUGUUCGUUUUCCAAAGCAUCAUUUUUCUAAGAAAACUGAAAGCCAGCCCCCAGAUGACUUUGCCAGUAUAAAGAUAAACAGAAAGACAACUCCUCUGCUUUACUAUCUUUCUGGUGGGAAAAAUCCCAGUUUUAUGAGUCAUGAAAAUUGGACUCAAGAAGGAGGAGGAGAUGAUGUUGCUUUAAGAACUCCAAGGAACAAUCUCCCAGUCUCUGCAGAGCCGAUAGAGAUACCAAGGGACACCAACCCAUGUGUGGAUAAUCCUGGCAGCAACCAUGAAGGGCAAAUUCUAGAGAGUCCUGCAUCAUCAGUGGAUGAGAAGUUCAAGAAUGACUAUCGGGAAAAACUAAAAGUUGCUCAAAGAAAGGUCCUGAGAGAAACCUCUUUCAAGAGAAAGGAUUUACAAAUGAGCUUGCCCGUUCGGCUGAAGCAGACACCGUCUUCAAGGCCAUCCAUUCAGCAUCUCAGGUCUUUGUCAUUAUCUAGUACAAACGAGGACUCCAAGUUGAUUCCUGCCUCCAGGCCACUGGAAAGCAUCAGCAAUGAGGAAGAAUCAAAGAGGCCACAAGCUGCCCGAAUUGGGGGAAGGAAAAGGGCUACCAAAGAACAGAAGAAAAUCUCUUAUUCUGAACCCGAGAAACUCAACCAGCUGGAUGAUCAGAGAGAUCAAAGCAGUCCGUGGAGAAAGCAAAAUGCAAGGUCCCGGUCUGAUGAGAUCAAUGAACAAGACACUAAGAUCAUUAGAGGUAAAGCUCUGGAAAACCAGGGAAGGUCUCUUUCUAAGGCAGAACUGAAACAAAUACAGCAGAACGCACUUCUUGACUACAUGGAACGAAAGAUUGGGCAACGGCCUGCCAUUGGGCAGAGCAGCGCACAGCAAAAGCCCCCUUUGCAACCGAGGACUUCAAAUACAAAGAAGUUUGUGGAAGACAGCACUUCCCAUCCCAGUGCCAGCAGAAAGCUGAGGAAUAUGGAUGGUUUCUGCCAGUUUCCUGUUCCAGGGAAGACUCAGGAGCCACCCUCUUUCCCUCCCAGUUUAACAUCUACAACUGCUGCCACCAUGACCGACAGGCACAGCACCAGUUCCCCAGUGUUUGAAAUGGCUAACGAAGGAAGUUGUGCCAGCAAGUGUGACUCAGCUAAAAGUCUUCUUCACUCAGGUUCUGUCUGCAGCAGAAGCCGAGGGAGAUCAAAAUCAACUCCUCCUCCUGUGCAGGUAAAUCAAGUAGCUAUUUAGGUCACAUCCACAUAUUUGUACCACUUUAAUAGUCACAGCUUCCCCAUAGAGAUGCAACUCCCAGCAUCCUUAGUAAAUUACAGUUCCCAGGAUUGCGAAGUUGAUGUGCUUUAAAUGUUUUUUUAAGUGUGUGGCGUGGAUGUGACCUAAGAUAUAACUUGCCACUUGCAAUUGUAUUACUGAUAAGUUGCUAUUAUCAGUUAUCUAAAUGUAGGCCAGGGGUCAGCAAACCUUUUCAGCAGGGGGCCAGUCCACUGUCCCUCAGACCUUGGGGGGGCUGGACUAUAUUUUUUUGGGGGGGGAUGAACAAAUUCCUAUGCCCCACAAAUAACCCAGAGAUGCAUUUUAAAUAAAAGGACACAUUCUACUCAUGUAAAAACACCAGGCAGGCCCCACAAAUAACCUAGAGAUGCAUUUUAAAUAAAAGGACACAUUCUACUCAUGUAAAAACACGCUGAUUCCCGGACCUUCCGCAGGCCAAAUGUAGAAGUCGAUUAGGCCAGAUCCGGCCCCCGGGCCUUAGUUUGCCUACCCAUGGAGUAUCUUGCAGUGCACCAUCAGGAUGCAUUUUGCCUGGGUAGAAGUCUCCCUGUUGAUUGUACUGGAAAGAUAACACUGGAGCUUGGAAAGCAGAUUGAAGAAAAUAAUAAGAAAGCAUGCCUUUAUUAGUUCAGGUUAGUUCAGCCUUCCUCAACGUAGGGCCCUUGAGUUGUUUUGCACUAGAAUUCUCACCAUCCAGAACUAUUGGUGAUCCUGGCUGUGGCUCAUGGGAAUUGAAGUCCAACAACAUCUAGAGGGCAGGAUAGGAAAAUCUGCUCUAAUUCAGUAAACUGAAUAGUUCCAAUUCUUGGUAGCUUAAAUUAUUCUUAAAUUAUUUUCAUUCUGAUUUAAGAAGGGCGCUACCAAGAGUUGGAAUUGUUCAUAUUAUGGAAUUAGAGCAAACCAAAAAUGAAACUGAUAAUUUUACAUCCCUUACUUUCUCUGUCAUUGAGACCAUUGAGGCUUAAUUUUGACUGUUCAUGCCCAGUGCUGCUUGAAUUGUAGCAUUCUGUAAUCUCUCCCCCUCUCAUAAUUUAAUGCCAUAAAGCAGAGCUACAGUAUAUCUGGAAUCGUGCAUUAUUGAAAUAAAGUGAUCUUUGCAGGACUUAGGAAUGUGAGGCUAAAAACUGCUGCAACACUUUCUUCUCAUAUCAGUAGCUCUUCUGUUCCAUAUUUUCUAAUACAGAAGAAUUGGAUAAAAUUAUAUAAUAAACUUCUGGUCUCCUAAUUUCUUUUCAGUUCUGACUUUUCCAGUCUGAAUGUGCCAGCACAAUCAUGAACUCACCAUAAUUUUGUUCUUUCAAACAGCUUGGAGAGCUUCUUCAUGAAAGUCCGAUUGCCAAUGUAAAAUUCACUUGUAAUGUGCAAAUCUCAAGAAUAGUACAGUUCCCUAUAUGGAAGUGAAUUCUGAUUAGGAAUUUUUGCCUUUUGCAAAGAGGUGCUUAGAUACUAUGCAAGCUAUACUGGCAUAGGUGGUGAAACUUGAUGGAUUUCCAUUCCUCAGAGAAACCACACAAGAUCUGGAGCUUGCCAUUCCAGAAGAGGCUCUGUUGUGUGAACUGCCCCACUGCCUUAGACUCCCUGUUUAAUACUCCCCUGGUUCAUCCUCCGCCCCAACAUCAGCUGUUGGCUUUUUUGAUUUCUGUCAUGCUCCAUAAACCUUUUCCAGCUUCAGGGGAGAAAUAUGCACUUCUCAGUGCCAACAUUUGGAGGACAAUGUCUGUCAACAGUGCUGGAAAAACAGGAUAAGGAAGGCAAACAGAGGCAAAAGGGAAGGAAAAAAUAGAGAAAGAGCAGUAGUACUACCUACAUAUAUAAUAAGAAACUGUUCAUAAUCUCUUUGGUUUUCAGGAGAGAGAGAAAAGACUCCUGCUAAGGGUAGCUAGGCACUUUUUGUAUUACGGAUCAGGAAGCAGCAGGCAAAUUCUGUUAUUGGGCAAGAUGGACCUUUGGUCUGUGUCAGGCUGAGGAUAAUUCGGCUUAAUAUUUUCCUGGUAUAUGCCAUUCAACAAAUGAGGUUCCGGAGCAUGGCAGAGUACUCUGGCACUCUGCCUUAGAGAACUCUUAAGAGAGGGCUAAAGACCUUAUGGACCUCAAGAUGUUGUUGCAUUCCAAUUUCCAUCAUUCCUGACCAUGGGCCAUGGUGGUUGCUGGAGGGCUAUGUAUUACUACUUCGGAACCAAGGAACCAAGGGUCUGUCUUCUAAUGUUUCUUCUUUUGGAACUGAGGGACCUUCAGUCCAGUCCCACCUCAACUACAUAUGACCUUUGACAAGUCAUUGCCAUUCAGUUUUGGUUCCAGAUGUGGUUUGGUAACCAGCUCUAGGUAGCUAUUGCUCACAAUAUACUUACUAAAUUAUCAAGUACCGUAUUUUUUCGUGUAUAAGACGCCCCCAUGUAUACGACAACCCUAUUCUUUGAGCCCAAAAUUAAGAAAUAAAUAUUUUAAACAUUCCGUGUAUAAGACGACCCCCAAUUUUAAACUUAAAAAAGGGGGGAAAUACAGUCUUAUACACAGAAAAAUACAGUAUGUUAUAAGCAAAAGGUUUGUAGAGCUUUUCAAUAUAAAAUAAAUGACAUGCAUCACCAUGAUUGAAAGAGAUUCCUUCUAAGACUGCUCAUUGUAAAGUAACCAGUAGCUUACAUUAUCCACCACAACCAGUUCCUCUUCAGAGAUCUGGAGCAGACUUAUUCUUACCACUAGAGUUGGACGAGCCUGCUGGUUUUGGUUUCUCUCAGCUUCUUGUUUAUUCAGUCUUUAAGUUCUCCAGAUUUCCACAUCACAUUGUGAUCUUUUAAAAAAAACAAACAAAAAGAGUCCUCAUAAAAAUUUGCCAGCAUUUUACUGUGAAUUUCUCAGAAUAAAACAUUUUUGUGUGCAAUUUUCUGUAAUAUACACAUUUCUGAAAGCAAUUUUCCUUAACACAAUGCAUUUGUGUACGUCAUUUUCACUAAUAUAUAUGCCGUUUCAUGCACACCCUUGUACACCUCAUUUGGUACAAAAUCUGGGCAUUGCAAAAUUCAGAAGAGUGCACAUUUUGAAGGAUGGCUACAUUUUUGCCAUAAAGAACCCUGUCAAAUGGCAGCGGAAUGAUGAAGAUUUGGAUUGUGAGCAUUGGAAUUUGGAAUAGAACUCACCAAGCUCCAUGUAUGCUGCUGUGCUAAAAUGAUACAUAUCUGCUUAUUUUUUCUUUUCCCCCAAACUUCAUUCUAUUUCUCUUGGUCAUAGCAAGGAGCAAAAUCCCUCUCUGACUGGCCAUUAUUUAUUCAGGCACUUAUUUGGCUGCUAAGAGUCACCUGGCUUUGCAUACACAUAGACAAGCCUGUCUGUGAGGACUAGAAAAGGGCUUGCUGCUGUCUGUGUGAAAGGUGGGAUUCUCAAGAAGCUCAGUCUUGGACACAAUAUUCUGGAGGAAGCCAAUGGAUACAAGGUGGUCAAAUUAGCCAUUUCAUCUUGAGCCUGUGGCAGCAUCACAGAAAACACAGGUCCCUGAUCAUUUCUCUGUUUUCUGCUGGUAGCAAAAUGUGGGAGUGCCAUAGAAGAGGGUAUUAAAAGCGGGUAUUAACAGUGCCAUAGAAGAGGGUAUUAAAAGACUUCCUUUCAUAUUUAGGGCUGAGAAAUCUCUUCCUAGUCAGUUAUCAUGGAAAUGAAAAGUAGAGAGCUACAAAGUCAUAUGGAGAGGUCUCCUCAUCAUAAAACAUGGUUGUUUUCCAUUCCCAGGUUUUCUAUAGCUCCACAGCCUGCCCUGCGUUGUCGGCUCAAGACCAUGAAUACUAUCCCGCGCACCCCAAGUAAGUGUGCAUAUAUUCACAGGACCAGCUCUUACGCUUAGAUUUUCACUGUGUUAUGUCUUGAUGAGAAUAGGCUUUUCCCAUGGGUUCAUUCAUGUGGAGAACCUAAGACAGGCAUGCCCCAUUUCAGAAGUUUGGCCAUUGCAUCUCAGAAGGAAUUUCCAUUUGCUUCUGGUUCCAUUUCCAUUGGACCCUAAUGUUUUAGCUACUGUGAUGGUCAUGGAAAUUGUUUCUGGGAGGCCAUCGCUGUAUGGGGUGAGUCAUACAUUAGGUUUGUAGCGUAAGUGCAUCACUGGAAAUGUGUCUCAUGGUAAGAACAACACAGUUAAAUGUCUGAACCAGCUCUUAGUUCCACCCAAACGUAAAAGUUUUUUCAGAUACAUCUGAGCAAUUCUACCUGCCAGACUACUGUGAUAUAACACUGUGCAACUUUCCUAUUGACCAAGCAAUGCACGAAAUCUCCUGGGUACAGUCACUUGCCCCACCAUCAUUUUGAGACUGUGCAUGAGGACUGGGCGAAUGUAUGUUCAGGCUUUCUUGUGGAUGUGCACGGUUGCUGGCAUAAUGGAAUUGCAUUCUCCAUUCAGUUCCCAUUCAUUCCAGCACAUAUAUUUGUUGAUCUGUCGCUUUGAAAACAAACAAGUGAAUAACAAAACAUCUGUAUAACUGAAAGGGUUUAAUGGUUCUGCCUUCUAUGUAGCACUAUUGGGGUUGCAAAUGAAUGCAGUGGUUGCAGAUAAUGGUUUUAACUCAGGAUGGAAUCAAGAAUGAGUGCAGCAAAUUCAAGAGUUGGAGAGUGUGUUGUUUGGUGUGUGUGUUUUUUGGGGGGCAUUACCACAAUACCUCUGACUUGGAGAUUUCCCCUACAUCAACCAUCAAAUUCAGGGAUAUUUGAAGAAAGCAAGAGCUUCUGGAUCUUUAACAGCUCAUGGAAUUAAUCCAGAAGAAGUCUUAAUUUCUUUCUAGCCAUUUCUUUUUCCUUAGGAAGAACUUUAUCUUGUGCAUGCCACACUCCUUAGAAUAAAUGUUCAUAAAACUCUCAUCUUGGUUCAGUAGAUUCCAGUACAAAUAAAUUAUUAUUGUUAUUGUUAUUUAUUUUCCUUAAGAGGGUCUUCACCAGUGACCUGGUCUAUACAUGCAGCAGAAAGAACUGUGCUACUUCCGACUGUACAUAGAAUGAUACUGUUGAAUGCUUCCCUGUUUUUAAAAGGUCUACACUGCAGGUAGAAAACUAGCACAGCAUUGAGCAAGCCAUGUUGCACAAGUUCCCCUCUCCCAGUUUGGUAGGUUUUUUGUUUGUUUUAUUUUUACUUGCAGGGAGUUUUUGCCAUGAGGCAGCAUUGAAAAAAUAUCAUGAUCUACCUGCAGUCUGGAGUAGUACAAUCCACUCUGCCACACCUCAAGAUUCUGCAAACUUAUUCUGCUGUAUAUGUAGAUCAGACUUGGCAUUUUCUGCAAGGGAGUAAUAAACACAUGCAAGAAAAGCCCCUAGAAACUCAAUGUAAACAGCGGCGGAGGAAGACCCUCGGGCACCUGUGGCGUCGGGGGCGGAGCGAACCACCCAUCCCUUCCCUAUGGGUGCCAUGGGCCCCGUGCUGUCCAGUCAUUAUGGGCACCGUGCGCCUCAUGCUGCAGGGGGCACACGGCGCCCAUAGGGACGGGGCACACAGCAGGGCCUCAGCCACCCUACAGCUGAGAAAAACCCCACCCUCCCACUAUAUAUAAGGGUCUGGUGAUUUCUGUUUCAGUGUAUCUGAAGAAGUGUGCAUGCACACGAAAGCUUAUACCCAGAACAAACUUAGUUGGUCUCUAAGGUGCUACUGGGCAAUUUUUUAAUUUAUUUCAACUGUUGUUUGAGUCUCUCAUGGGCCUCAAAAUGUGAAGAAGAAAAUUGUGAAAUGGCUGCAAAUGGAGCAGAGAAAAUUCCUCUCAAUAUUCCAAAAGUGCAAACAGUAGUUCUGUUGCCCAUUAUUUGAGAUCAUAGCUCCACCAUCUGAUCUCCUGUUGAAACAGCAUUUGACUUGCAAGGGGGAGACAUGCCUAAGGAGAACAAAAUGGAAGUUUCCUCUGGAUCUGUUUAUAACUCUUAAGAUGCAUGCUUAAAAUAGAACUUUAAAACCAAAGGGAGUUUUGGCACAGAUGCAGUAUAAAAAGACGGGUUAAAACUCAAGUUAAGUGAAGGAUGGAAAAAUAUUUAGAUGUAAGAUUAUCCCAUCAGUUAGCACAGAUUUAUAGACUAUGGAUGAUGCAUUUUAUUAUCUUUCACUGACAGAGAAAGCCACAGGCCUGACUAGAAUAGCACACUUCAACCUUCAUCAGCUACCUCCAUUUCCCGCACCCUUUAAAUUCUUCAGUUCCUUUCCAGAACGAAAUGUGGUACCAUAACUGCAUUCCAGUGCAUUAGGAUUCCAACUUCAAAGCAACUCAUAAAAGUGCUUCAGAUUUAUUAGGUUUGCACAGUCAGCUGCUCUAAAGGAAGGGAACACAUCAUUUUAUAACCCACCUGCCCCCAAUAUACGCCUGUUAUCUGAUGGUAGGGACAUCUGCUCUUUUAAUGUGUGCAUUAAUAUAGCAAAUGAACAAGCUGUUGUUUGCACGCACACACACAAAAAGCUGGUGUUCAUUACCUAAGGUGGUUGUUGCCCUGGGCAGAAGCAGGACAGCUAAACACCCUUGAGAGGGAAUAGCUAAGUGAUCACAUAGAAAGCCUUACACAAAAUCAAUUUGCGUGUGUCAGUUAACAUCACUGAGGGUGUGCUUACCUAGCAGAUUUUACAUAUGAAUGAGUAACAAUUUGGGUAUCAGAGAGCUUCCAGGUGCUUGCUUUUCAUAUUCAGGUUGCUGCUCAGGUUAUGAAUCUUCAAAAGUUUAGUUUUUAUUUUUCAUUUUCUCAGUUCAGUGCAAGUGCUUCUCUACUAUUUCCAUUUGGCGCUAGGUGGGGAGGGAAGCCUCAAUCUAUAAUUAGACAAUGGAAGCUGGUCUGUUAGGGCAAAGGAUGAAUGAAAUGAAGUGACUCUGCUUUUUAAUAUAUAUAUUUGAAACCAAACUUUAGCUCCCCAUCAAAGGAGAAAUUGGAAGCUGACCCAUCUGACAAAACACAUGCUCUGGUGGCUGCAAAGCAAAGUGCUGGAAGAAGAGGGGAGUCUAUGGGGGAACCUGGGACCUCUGAAAUGGCUAGACUGUCCCCAUUGAGCCAAAGUACAGAUCAGCUUCCCCAUCUGAAGAGUUGGCAUAUUUCCUCUGGGCUACAGACGGGCAAAGACUGGCAAGGAGAAAAGCAUCCAAAUACUUUGCAUCACUGUGAGCCUGCAUCAUCUGGGCUCAGACAGCCACAUGUGGAAGCUGUUGGAGGACAAAGGGGGUCAAAUUCAACAGUCCAUGAACUGAAACAACCCCCUGCCACAAAUAAAGUCUCGCACGCUUUCCCAAGUGUAAGCAGCGUACCCCUGCUUUCGGUUGGCAGGUUGCCUUCUCCAAACCUACCUUUGGAGCCUCUUCAUUCUUCACCAGCCCCUCCUGCUCCUGCUGAGAUGGACGAUGAGGUUUUUAAGGAGUCUUUUGGCAGUGGCUCAGAUACAGCCUCUGACCUCCCUUCCCUCCACAGAGAAAGUAGGAGUUUUAUUCCGAGCAGACGAGCACCCCAGCCUGCCCCGAUGCCUCCGGCUUCCAUAGAAGGAAAGCAAGUCAAGGAAGAGCCUAGUACCAGGUAAAAAUAAACAUUCCCAUUUGGGGCCAAUGUGUUUCUAUUUAUUCUGAGCUGCCAUGUCAACUCAGAGAGAGCACACAUGCACAUAUAAAAUGUACAAUAUGUAGAAGGCGAUGCACUCUGCAACCCCCGGGAAAAGCUCACAAUCACUUUGGCACAAUCAAUUUGGCCUGGAAAAGUGAAAUUUUGAAGGAGAGGAACAGAAUGUUGCUGACACUAUAUUCAUGCUUGCCUCCCUCGACUUCUUAAUAAUAGUCUUGAGUGUUGGGAACUGCUGGGACUGGAACUGGGGAUGUUUGUUUCUGUGUGCUGCUGUCCCAUGUGGCAGGCUAUGGGAACUGCAGCCUGGAGUAUCUUCCUUGCUGCAAAGCAUUCUCAGGCUCUGGACCAGCCUUCUCCAUCCAGGCUCCAGGGGCAGCCCCUACCACUAGGGGGUGUGAUGCAGUCACCUUAGUUGACAGGUGCUAAGGGGCACAGAUGGCAGCGAGAUCUUGGGAGGGCAGAGAUGUGUGUGGUACACAGCAAAGUCUGUGUGACCCUUAAGUUUGGGCCACAUUCACACCAUACAUCUAAAGCAUGGUUAUACCAUGCCUGAAGAAUUCUAUUGUAUACAACACAACACAGUGGCGCCAAUGUAACUCAAGUAACAAAAACAAAAGGUUUUGGGAGCACCUUUGUCAUGAGCAUGUCUGGUUAAAUGUGGGGCAGGGGGGUGGGAGAGCCUGAAAGACAUUGCAGCUAAAUAUCUGAUUUUUGCUUGAUGCACAGUAAAUAAUUAGAUGCAGCUUACUCUUCGUCCAUGCUAGGAAGCGUCAUUUGUUGCAUUUCUGUGUGAUGGACACAGGAGCAGAAUCAGUUGUGGGGAAAGGUAGCAGCCCCAAACAAUUCCUGUUGUGUACUCAAUGUACCUUUUCAGGGGCCUGUACUUGAAUAAUCUGGUUUCCCCAUUAAUACUUGCUAGGUGUGAUGCAGUCCUACUGGGUAUGGCUCUGUGUGUGCACAUGUGCACAUGCUUAUGUUUCUAUACGAUGGAAGAGAAGGCUGUGUGUGCUGCUCUGCCUUGCUGAAAGACAGUUGUGUUUCUAUUUGUUGUUCUUCUUAAUAAUAAUAAUAAUAAUAAUAAUAAUAAUAAUAAAGCUGUUUAUAAACCUACCAGUCAUGAACCUGAAAGCAGAACUUAACCAGACAUGGAAGCUUGAGUGAGUACUCCAUCCCAGGAACCCAGAGACAAAGAAGAAACACAAUAAUUUUAUACAGCUUUGUCUUUCUUCUAGCUUCCCUGCCCAUGAGAAAGAAGAAUCUAGUCUUGGAAAUAGCAGAGAAGAUGAGAACUCUCCUGAAAAUUCACAUGGUGCAGACAUGGCUCUUGACUUCCCGGCUUUCAAAGAACAGAACAGCAGACAUUCUCAGCUGAAGAAAGAAUUAAGUGACAAACCCCAACUUUCCAGUGCUUCUGGAAGAACCCGGUGGCAGCAAUUAGAGGCAAAUAACGCAACCCAUGACUCAGAGAGCAGGGCAUAUUAUUGCACUGCCUUGUUAGACAGCCAAGGACAUAGAAAUACUAGCCAUCCAUUAGCAGAUUCGAGAGCUCUGCAAGAUGAGCAUGACUGUAACUUUCCAGCACAAGGCACAGAUUUAUCUUUAGCACAGUCAAUAUCGACAGAUGACCAAAGGUGCGAAGACCUUGCGGUUGAGAUUAUUGCCAAAGACAAGUCUCUGGUUGACAUCCUCAUGCCCCAUCCCACCAGGAAGACUGCUCUAGAUCUCAUGGAAGGUCUUUUCCCUGUGAACAUUUCAAUGCCAGGCAGAUCCUGCAGAAGGAAGGAGGGAAUUCAGUCUGUCCAAGAAAAAGAGUAAGUUUAUAUAUUUCUUAUUAUUUGUUUUUUAUUAAAGAUUUUCUUACAUACACUGUAAAUUUAUAUGGCACAGAAAACCACAGGAAGCAUACUUUGGGUAAGGGCAGGGGAAUCCCAUCCUGUUUUGCCACCUGAGGUGAAAUGGGAAAGUGCUCUCCGGUAUGCAUGCUGCACAGAACUCACCUACCCUUGACAGUCCUGCCAAAGCCUCACUUACUGGGUCAUGUGGCUUCCAGGUACCAGCGAGAUCUCAUGAGGGUCUCCACAAGAUUUCACCAGAACCCACAGCAUAUGCUUUUUCCUCGCUUCGCCAGCAGGGAGGGGCACCUGUAUUGGCUUCAUACCCCACCCUGCAGGAAAAUCAUUUGGGAGGGGAGUCUCCUUAUAACCCUGAACUCCUAUUAAGAAAAUUUACACCAGGGGUUCCUAACAAACUGUGAACCUUGGUGACCCAGCAGGCAUUACAAUAUCUUUGUUGAAUUAGUAAUAUUUUGAAUGCCAUCCCAAUGUUGGAGAGGCUGGGAAAGUGGUUUUGAGUGCUCUGCCUGAGCACUUUUUUGUGAUCAGCAAUAUCUCUGCUAAUACAUUAUUUGUCACAUUGUUAAAGAAGCAUUUAUAAUGAUUGCUUUUUAUUUUAACAGCCAAAGAAGCAGUGACUGUGCAGCAGACCCAUCUCAUGGGACUCAGAGUUUUCCUGAGCAAAGUACGGACCAAAUUCUGAGUAAAAGCAGUGAAAGUCUUGAUGAUCCAGACAGCAUUACAUCAAAGAAAGUAGGUAGACGAGUGACCAUGCAGUCUUGUAUAUGUUUAUUCAGAUAGAAGUUCUGUUGGGUUCCGUGGGACUUCCUCUCUGAUAUGUGAGUGUAAUAGGGCUGGGGAAACUUCAGACAACCUUUGGACAACCAUCCAGAUCCAGAUUUUGGAGGUCUCCUCAAGCCAUGACACGUGACACAUGACACACUAGCAGCCACUCUCCACCAGUUUCCUAAGCUUCCAUGUUUGUCUGACUGCAUCCUUUCAUACAUAUAUAUAGACAUACAUACAUAAUUAUUUUAGUAUGCUGCCAUUCCAUAGUUAAAACCAUGCUCUAGGCGGGUUACAACAUAUAAAAAACACAUAAUUACAAACAUAACAAAGGUAGUCAUAAACAAUAAAAACCAUCAAAAAGCACACAACCCAAUUAAAACAAUUUCCACAUAAAUUAUAACACAUAAAAAAAUAAUACCAAUAACAGCAACAACCUCCUCCAACAAAAAACCCCUAAACAACACCCUUUCCUUUCCUUUAGUCUCUGUCUUUUUCUCUCUCUCUGGUUCUCCCUCCUGCUCUCCUCCUCUGAAAAAAGGAAGAGAACAAGACAGUGAAAAAGAAACCAGAGGCAGGUGGUGAGGCAAAUGUGGGAGUUUAAUAAGCCAACCUUAGUGGACAGAACCUAGAGCAUCUAAAUACAUUCUAGGCCCACUGUUGGUUGUCAUACAUAUGCCUGCCAACCUCCUGGUCAGGGUGGGGAGGGGGGGGGGAGGGAGAGAAAGAAAGAAAGAAAGAAAGAAAGAAAGAAAGAAAGAAAGAAAGAAAGAAAGAAAGAUGCAGACUAAGGGCUCAUCCACACUUCCACUUGUCCUCUGCCUGGAAUGCACGGGUCUGGGUGCUUUUCCACUUGCCCCAUGCUUUCUAGGUACGAAUCUGAGCGGUUUUGCCUUUACUCCGCCACUUUCCCCCGGAAAACAUGCUCUUAAGCGCUAAAUUGGAACAAACGUCAAUCCACAAAAAACCCGGUUGAUGUUUGCUCUGAUUCAGCAGUAAACAGAGGGUUUUCCCAGGAGAAGGUGGCAGGGCAACUGUGUGUACAAAUGUGUGUUUGUGUGUGUGCGUGCACAGGCGUGAAGAUAUGGCACUUCUCUCUGUGUGUACAUGCACGCAUGCAUGUGCAUAUUGUGCCUAUCUGUGUGUGAAUGUGAUGUGUACAGGAGGACAUUAGCCCGAGAAAACAAAAGCACAUGAAAACCAAAUACCGUCUCAGCUGUGCCCAGUUACCUAUUGAUUUAUGCAAGAGUUAAGCAUGUGCUUCUUCCAUUGAAAUCAAUGGUGUUUUAACAAGGUUUAAUUUGGCAGGCAUGGUGCAAACUUUCAGCUUUUCUGAAGUGACACACAAAGAAGAGCUAUUACCAUGAGAUUAAAAACCAUUUUUGUCAGAAUAUUCACUAAGGAGUUAGCAACUUAGUUCCAUCGCUUGUGCAGUUCUGAUAAGUUUAAGUUGCCUUCCUUAACAUCAACAGGUUUUUGCUCUUAUUUUAUACUUUCCACUGGUGAUUUCAUGAUGUCUUUGCCAGAAGAUCUGGCAUACAUUGGUUCCGUUUUGAAUAAAUGCGCUUUCUUGCCUCAGAUUCUCCUGCUUAGAAAUAGUUUCAUGGCUGUGAACUGGGUGAGACCAGGCCACGAGCCCUCUAUGAAUGAGACCUGGCAUCCCGUGGGAAUAUGAUACGCUUCGUUUUGAGAUCUGGCAGCCCUUCCUCUUGACAGGCUUGGUGUGUCAUAUUGGCUUUCACAAUGCAGAGAAUGAAACCAUAACUGAGGAAAUAGUUAUACUGAGGCUCCUUUGGCAGAAAUCCCAGGUUUCUUUGCAAAGGAGGCUCGCUAGUCAUUAAAACUUGGCGACAUUUCAACUCUGCCAGUCAUGUUCUGCCCACCUGUAACUUUCUUCGGCAGUGUAUAAGCUGUUGCUUCCUAUGAUGAACCUGACUUGUCCCAGCCAUUGAUAUAAGCGCCAGUGUUGGACAGUGGUUUGAACACCAGACUAAGAUCAGAGAGAGCCAAGUUCAAAUCCCCACUCAACAAUGAAGUUCACUGAGUGAACUCAGGCUACUCAAUCCCUCUCUCCCUAACCUAUCUCAUAGGGUUGCUGUGAGAAUAAAUGGGUGAGCAAGAACCUCAUAAGCCACUUGAGCAAGGCACAAAGGUAAAUAAAUAAAUCAUUGUUAAAACGUGGCCAUGCUGAUCUUACUGCCCUCUGUUUUAAAAACCAUUUUAGGUGCCUACAGGGGCAGCCUAGUUAGUAUAAACAUGCAUGUUCAAGUUCCUGUGGCUGAAUCCCAUCACACACAUAGACAGGACCCCCUUAUUUACUCCAUAUCUGCCCUACCAUGCUUUUUCCCAUCUAAAUGUUGAUAAAGCUUGGCAUCAGACAGAGGUGUGGCUGCCUCAACUCUGAUGUAUAGUGACAUUCAUUGUGUGCAUACCAGGGCCUUGGAGACAGGGGAAUCUGACUUUAUUGUAGAGAGUUGAGGCUUUAAAAUUGGGGACCAGUAGCUUGCUUUCCUCCACUUCCUGGAAUCUAUUUUUCCUCUUCUGCCUGAUGCCUGCUUGAGGACAGAUGGCUGAGCUAGACCCCAUGGUGGUGUGAGCUAUUUUGUACACUUAUGGAAAUGCCAGAAACAAAGUUCUUUGGUGACUGUAAGCCUUGAAUCCCACUAGCAGAUGAAUCUCGUGGGGUGUCCAGAGCACAGUCUAGUCCUGUUGUAUUAGAUGAAUUUCAGCUGAUAAGGCUCAAGGAUGUGGACAAGGUGCUCGGACUUUAGACCCUUGGGGUGGUUCCAGUCCUACUUGGAUGGUCGUUCCCAGAGGGUGUUGCUUGGGGAAUGCUUUUCUGAAGGAGCAGCUUCAUAGCUUGGGGGUACUCCUGGAUCUUUUGCUGUCACUUGAGGCUCAGGUGGCCUCAGUGGCCCGGAGUGCCUUCCAUCAGCUUUGGCUGGUGGCCCAGCUAUGCCCCUGUCUGGACAGGGAUAGCUUCACUACUGUUGUCUAUGCUCUGGUAACCUCAAGGUUAGAUUACUGCAAUGCGUUCAGAAUCUUCAGCUAGUGCAGAAUUCAGUGGCCAGGUUGCUCACCGGAGCAAGACAGUUUGAGCAUAUUACACCAAUCCUGAUCUGACUGCACUGGCUACCAAUUAGUUUUUGGGCCCAAUUCAAAUUGCUGGUUUUGACCUAUAAAGCAUUAAACGGCUCAUGACCACAAUACCUCAAGGACUGCCUUUUUCCAUAUGAACCUACCCAGACCCUGAGAUCAUCUUCUGAGGCCUUGCUUCGUGUGCCACCUCCUCAAGAGGUCCGAAGGGUGGCAAAACAAGAACAGGCCUUCUCUGCAGUGGCUCCCCAUCUGUGGAAUGCUCUCCCCAGGGAAGUUCGCCUGGCGUCUUCAUUAUAUACCUUUAAGGGACAGGCAAAAUGUACCUUUUUAAUGAGGGCUUUGGUUGAUUUCAUUGACGUCCUAUGCCCUUUUAAAAAGUGUUUUUUUGGGGGGUGUGUGGGUUAUUGUGUUGUUGUUUUUAUUUUGAUUAUAUAUUUUGUGGUUUUAUAUUUUGAUUUUGUUCUGUAAACCAUCCAAUAAUAAUAAUAAUAAUAAUAAUAAUAAUAAUAGCAGCUACUACCACCCAGGCCAAGUGGUGAAAAAAGGCAUUCACCUAAGAAAUAUUUGCCAGCAUUUUCAUUAUAAUAAACUGUAUUCGUUUUAUUUCAGAAUUGUAUAGCUUUGCUCCUGUAUUUUGUGAAAAGGCUUGCUUCGAUCAGUUUUCUUGAAAAUGAAGUAUAUACUCAUAAGCAAUUUUAGCCCAAGGUUUGUGUCCCUUUUAGGAUAUCCCUGUAACCUCAGUAAGACAAUUUUUGUGGUGGCAAAUAUGGAGCAAUAGGCCUUCCUAGCUGUCCAAUGUUUUAAACAGACUUGGAUUUCCUUCACUCCCAUAGAAACUCAACUAGGAGCUUAAGGCAGUUAAAAGAGGCUUAUAAACCCUGCCAUGCCAGGUAGGAGAGAAUUUUGGCUCAAAAUGUUCUCCUCCGAAGUGUUCCUUCAGGGCCUGCCACCUUAUCUGAGAACCACCCUACUAAAACCUGUCUAUCAAAGCCAGUUCAGUUUCUCAGUGGCUUCCUUCCUUGCAGAGAGAACUUAUUUCCAGCAUCCAUUUGAAGCUACAGGAUCUGUGGCUUGAAAGGGAGCUGAUCGAGUCUGAAGCUAAGGGGUAUGCUGUGCGUGGCAAGGAGCUGGAGUCCCUGGUCCAAGACCUGUGUAAACCCAAUGAGUACGAGCGCUACAUGAUGUUCAUUGGUGAUCUGGAGAAGGUGGUGAGCCUGCUGCUGUGCCUCUCCAGCCGCCUUGCUCGGGUCCAAAACGCUAUGGAGAAAAUGGAUGAAAACACAGAUGCUGAGGAGAAGGUGAGUUCCAAGGCAGGAACUGAGGGGAGGCUGUUUUACUAUAUGCCCUUCAAGAUAUGACUCUUCUGGUUGCCUGGACAUAAAUUUCUAAAUCUACUGCAACAAUGCGGAUUCCAUGAUUAAUGGUGCUUAGGAUCCAGUAUGUAAUAUUGACCUUCAGCAGCUUGGGUGCUGCUGUGAUGUGGCUGAUCCCAGACUGUUUGCUGGUAACAUUUGAAGGAGGGUGUGUGUCACUUGUCAGUAAUGGGGUGAGAAAUCACCAUGUUGCCAGCUGUCCCCUAUCUGACUUCUGCCCCUCGGAAAUCUUGGACAAUUUUUCAGUGUUCCACAAUACGGAGGUCUCUCAGGCGAAGUAUUAACUCUUGUUUGGAGACUGAAACUAGACACACGGCAUAGGAGACAGCAGAGGAAUUGGGAGUAGGGUGUAUGGGAUCCCUUUCAUCUCUGGCCAUUUUCCCCUUCAAAAUUAUUUCCAUAAAGUAAAAGAUGGGUAGAAAAGUAGACAGAAAGCUUUUUUAAAAAAGAAAGAAAGAAAGAAAGAAAGAAAGAGAAAGAAAGAGAAAGAAAGAAAGAACAGGGAAGCAGCUAGGGAUGGGUUAUGUUUUGCAGCCUUGUCUCUACUGCACCCUCAGGCUGGCAAGAAACCGUUCAUACAUUUACUGUGUGUUACAUUUAAUUUGAUCCUCAGCCAGUCUUUCCACCAUAAGCUGUACUUGGUCAGACAAGCACAAAUAUUUCAGGGAUGGGGGAUCGUUCUGCAUCUUCAACGAUGUUGGUAAAAUCCAUUUGUUUGCUCUGAUCACAUUUCUGUCACUUCUUGGGUUCAUAAAAUACACCACAGUUAACAUGAGCCAUAUUGAAACCCAGCCAGAUGGGCAGGGUACAAAUAUUAAAUUACAAUUACACAGAGUCUCUGCUGUUUUUAUGUAACUUGCUCUGGUAUUACUUUUGGUAAUGAGGAGCAGAUAAUAAAUAUUAUGAAUAAAUAGGCAUCCGUGGUUAUUCUCUGGGCACGAUCCACACUCAGAUUCAUGGUAGAUUAAUUUAGGGCAUGAUAGGGAUCAUUUCCAGUUUUGUUAAAAUACAAUGCAAGUUCUAAACACCAAGUGUCAGGAGGACCAGCUAACUGACUACAGGACAGAAGGAAAUAUUCGUUGCAUGUUAUAAUGUUUGCACACUAAUUUCUGAGUUGCUUUCGUUGUCUUUAGCAGUCAUUAAAAGAGCGGCACAGACUCUUGUCCAGGCAGCGGGAGGAUGCGAAGGACCUGAAAGAGAAUCUGGAUCGGCGAGAAAGGGUGGUGUCGGGUAUUCUUUCCAAAUACAUGACUGAAACGCAGCUUCAGGACUACAAGCACUUUGUACAGGAAAAGACAUCACUAUUGAUUGAACAGAAGGACCUUGAGGAGCAGAUUAAGUUUCUUGAAGAGAAACUGGAGAGGUUGGAGAAGAGUAUUCCUACUUAAAGCCAUAUUAGCAGGCCACUUGGUUUCAUGAAUGAAGCGACUGUGCUAGAACUCCAUCUGUAUCCAUGGAAACAUUUAAGAAGGGAGCAAGGCUGUGUUUGGUGACUUCACAUAGGCAUCUCCGUGCCUCAGUGCUGACAAGGGCUUAAUUGGCCCAGGCAAACAUUUUUAGGAGAAAGUGACAAAACCUUAACUGUAGGUGGCAAUGCAUUUUAUCUUGGAAUGACUGAUGCAAUGGAUAUUGCCUUUCAUUAAUGAGCUGGUGCGCUGUUUUUCUUUCCUGCAGACUGCUGGUCUGCUUCCAGACUGACAUCAUCCCAAUAAAGAAUAUAUAAGUAUCAUAAAAUGUUUUCCUCUUUCUGGAUGGAGUGGGUAUUUAAUUGACAGGCAAUGUUCACGUUUAAAUGGGAAACGCCAUAGCACCAACUCUGUGGCACAACACUUGCAGGCCUUUUAACAAACUCCUUUUCCAGUUUAACCACAGGGCUUCCCUCUAACAAAGGGAGCAGCUUGCAGGGCCAAUAACUCUGGGCUCUAUGAAACAGUCAUAAAACCAAGCCUGGAGCUAUUCACGUACUAGAAUUGUUUCUUCGGAACGUGGGUGUGUAGGAUGUUGAGGAAUACCCCUUUCCAGCUGCCUUUCUUUCUUGCUCCCCUACCUUAUUCUUACUAGGUGUGCUUAAAAUUCUUUGCAAUUUCCCAUAUACAGCCAUAUCUUUUUCAAAAUAUGUACCCAGAUUUUAUAUGAAAUAAUUGAUAUCCUAUGAAUGAGUUUUUCUGGACAGCAUUCCAUUUAAUUAUAACAUUCAUUCCCUAAGAAGCAACAGACAUAAGAAGCUGUCUUUUACUGGGUCCAACCAUUGGUCUGUUCACCAGAGCAACCUCAAUGCUUCCCCCCGCCCUGCCCCCCCCCAAUGUGGAAGAGGUAGGUCAUUGCCUAAUAAUUCUCUUAAGCUGAAUCUGAUCUUCUUGAAUACUCUGUGCAAAAUGGAAAUGAUAACACUGUUAGAGUGCCUCUCUGCUGGCCUUGGCCAAAACCCAACUUUGUCACCAUAGAGUGUUGGGUGUAGAGGGCAUAACUUUCCACUCGGCUAAUCUAUUCCAAAUGCUGGUUGUGUUUAAUACAUUUUACAAUGAUUGAUAUAUUAAAAUGUUCAUUUUCUUUGA